GGUACCCUCAUUCUUCGCUCGCAACUCGUAUACGACCGAUGUCUCAGACAUAUCGGGGAUGAUGACUUGAACAUCUAGCUUUACACAGCCCCCAGCAGGCAAUUCCAUACAUAAUUCGAUGAACAUUAGAAUUAACGCUCUUUUUCGUGAUAUAUAUAUUUUUUUUCGUGGUGAUAUACUCGUAGUGUGCUAAUAUCUCCCUUUUGAUUAGUGAUAAUACAUAUUUUCUUUUAUUUUUUUGAUCGACUCUAUUAAUUAUUUCGAUAUCUGUGAAACGUAUGUGGUGAGAAAAUGAAUCGACAACAGCAAAGUCAGCAGCAGCAGAGUCAGCAGACUCAGCAGCAGAGUUCUACUCAGCAACAGCAAAGGGUGACGAGGACAGAACAGCAUGUCACCCGACAGGUCACCGGGCACAUGACAGUGCAAGGUGGCCAGCUGACCCAGGAACAGAUCCAACAGAUCCCCGGCUUCGGCCCCGACGCCUCGCCCCCCGUCUUCGAGAAAGUGUUCAGCAACGCGCGCUUCGCCCAGGGGGGCGUCGCCGCGUUCGAGGGACGCAUCGCGGGAAAGCCCCGGCCGACGGUCGCCUGGACGCGCAAGGGGUCGCCACUGCUCGAUUCCCAGAAGCACCGACUCUCUUAUAACGAAACGACUGGAGAUGUUACUCUCCAGAUAUAUCAAAUAGGCCCUGGCGACGAGGGCGAGUACGUUUGCACUGCCAAGAACCAAUAUGGAGAGGCAGUGUGCUCAGUAUACAUUUCCCCAGAGGGCAUGCAAAUGCCCCAGAGGUUCACCCAGAACCAAUUCGAACAAACGACCACGUACACCAACGGUGUCAUUACCGAAGAAUUUAAAAUUGACACUUUCGAAUACAGACUGCUCAGAGAAGUAUCGUUCCGCGAGUCUAUCACAAGACGCACCACCUACGAAAAAGACUCAGAAAUCUCCACGACAGUCGAACGAUCGCUCGGACCGCCAGCUCCGCCUCAGAUCUCUCAGAAACCACGCAAUUCCAAAUUGCUCGAAGGCUCAGAUGCCGUGUUCACGGCCAAACUCUCUGCCAAUCCACGCCCCAGACUCACCUGGUUCAAAAACGGCCAACGAAUCGUUGAAAGUCAGAAAUAUGAGAGUUCAUUCAGCAAUAACCAGGCUUCGCUCAGAGUCAAACAAGUCUCUGGAGAUGAUUCUGGACAUUACACUCUUCUAGCUGAGAACCCUCAAGGAUGUGUCGUAUCUUCAGCUUAUCUGGCUAUCGAGCCUGUAUCCACACAAGAAGGUCUCAUCCAUGAAUCAAGCUUCAAAUCACAACAAACCGAAGUAGAGAGCACAGACACAGCUAAAACUUUGGCACCAAACUUCGUGCGAGUUUGUGGAGAUCGUGAUGUGACUGAAGGCAAAAUGACGAGAUUUGACUGUAGAGUGAACGGUCGGCCUUAUCCGGACGUUACGUGGUUCAUUAACGGAAAGCAAGUAGUGGAUGACCAUAACCACAAAAUCCUUGUGAACGAGUCUGGGAAUCACGCGCUGAUGAUCACUACUGUGAGCAGAAACGAUUCUGGAGUAGUGACGUGCGUUGCCAGGAACAAGACCGGGGAAACUUCGUUCCAGUGUAAUUUGAACGUAAUCGAGAAAGAGCAAGUAGUCGCUCCUAAAUUUGUAGAAAGAUUCACCACAGUUAAUGUUCGGGAAGGCGAACCCGUCCUCCUCAACGCCCGAGCAGUGGGUACCCCCACUCCCAGAAUAACCUGGCAGAAGGACGGGGUACCACUCCACGGAGGUCCAGACGUACGAGUGGCUAUAGACAACGGAGCCACUACCCUGGACAUACCCAGAGCCCGUGCCUCUGAUGCCGGAUGGUACCAGUGUACCGCCCAGAACGUUGCCGGUUCUACUGCAACUAGAGCUCGGCUGUUCGUGGAGGUACCGCAGGGUCCCACUCCCGAACCCAGGCGCCUGCAUUUGCCUAGGCCCACAAAAGUCAUCGAACCUGAACCCGAACCUGGUCCAGAAGUAAUUUACCUUCGCCACGUGGAACGUGCUCGUCCGUACGCACCUCCAGGGGAGGAAGACCGUAUUUAUCCUCCCCCUAGAUUCAUCAUCCCUCUUCAAGAUUCCAUCCAGUUUGAAGGUGGCAAGGUACAUUUCGAGGCCAGGAUUGAACCAGUCGGCGACCCAUCGAUGGUCGUCGAGUGGUAUCUCAACGGAAAACUUAUGGCAGCUAGUUCUAGAGCUACGUCCAUUUUCCGCUUUGGCUUCAUAGCCCUCGAUUUAAUAUCAUUAAUUUUAAACGAUGCCGGUGAGUACGUAUGUCGUGUCACCAGUGCUACCGGCUCUGCAGAAUCCCGUGCCAUUUUGCAAAUCAGACAAAGAGAAUCGAUCGAGAAGUCCAGUCAGCAUCCAGACAGUUUGCAGUACAUCCAACAACUGGAGGACUACUCCAGAUAUCAAAGACAAGAAAGUUUGGAAGAGAAAUCGAACCAAAAGCCUCAUUUCAUCCGUCCACUCCAAGACCUUGGCGAACUUCAGGAGGGCAAAAAUGCUCAUUUUGAAGCUCAGUUGACUCCUGUCAGUGAUCCUACAAUGAGAGUGGAGUGGUACAAAGAUGGCCGACCGAUUACAGCCAGUUCCAGGAUAUCAACCAUCUUCAACUUCGGUUACGUGUCUCUCAACAUUAUGCACCUACGUGCCGAAGAUGCCGGAUCCUACACUGUACGAGCUGUCAAUCAUUUAGGAGAGGCGAUCAGUACUGCCACUGUCCAAGUUUUUACCAAAUCCACCGUGACUGGUGACCUCGGAAUCCCCGAGCAGCAACGCUAUAUCGAAAAGGUUCAAGAGCUUGAAUCAUGGAAACAGCAAGAUCACCAAAAAUACGUCGUAGAAAGCCCAGAAAGCUUAGCACCUCCCGAAUUCAAAACGCCCAUUAAAGACCAACUAGGUAUUCGUGAAGGCGGAUUCGCCCACUUUGAAGCCAGACUAGAACCAGUAGGCGACGCUACCAUGAGGGUAGAAUGGUUAAAAGAUGGCCGCCCUGUUGAAGCCAGUUCCAGAAUUACUAGCUUCUUCAAUUUCGGUUAUGUAGCUCUUACUAUUAAGGAAGUUACAAUCCACGACGUUGGUCACUACACUUGUCGUGCCUACAAUGCCCUGGGUCAAGCCACUACGACCGCCCAACUUAGCGUUGUGAGCAAGAAAGACAUCAUUUUCGAUUCUCAACAUCCAGGAGGUUUAGAAAAGAUCCAACACCUCGAAGACACGAGUAGAUACGCUCGGAAAGAACAGGAAGAAGUUCAAGUAACACAUAAACCACGGUUUUUGGGACCACUGAAAGGAACAAAUAAAAUUGUCGAAGGACAAAGAGCUCACUUUGAAGCUCGCGUUGAGCCUCAAAGCGACAUGACUCUAAGAAUUGAAUGGUACUUUAACGGAAAACCCAUUCAACCUGCCAACAGAAUUCAGACUUACCACGAUUUUGGAUAUGUAGCUCUUGACAUUCUUAGUGUCAGAGAGGAAGAUACUGGUACUUAUACUGUCGUAGCCCGGAAUGCUUUGGGAGAAGCUCAGGUUUCUGCUAGCAUGGUAGUUGAAACGCGUGCUAGUAUUGAUACAAGAAGCAUGCAUAAGGGUGCCUACGAUAAAACCCAACAUUUAGAACAGUCAAAGUUCGUCGAACCCCAAUACAAUAUUGAGGAAAUUUCCAAAUCAAAACCGAUCUUUGUAGUACCAUUAUCCGACCCACAACCAUGCCAAGAAGGUCGUAAUAUCCAUCUGGAAUGCAGACUCGAACCUAUGGGAGAUCCAACCAUGAGAGUAGAAUGGUAUUGCAACGGCAGACCAGUUAUUGUAGGUUCCAGAUUCAGAACUUACAACGAUUUCGGAUUUGUGGCUUUGGAUAUCAUCCACGCCACAGCUCAAGAUUCUGGAGAAUAUACUGUGCGUGCUGUUAACCAUCUUGGAUCAGCACAUACAUCUGCUUGCGUCAGAGUAAUCGCUAGUUCAGAUAUUAUCACUGAUACUCAGCAUGAACAAUCUUUGGAACAAAUCCAAAUGCUAGAAGACACUUCUAGAUACAGAAAGCAAGUCCAAGAAGACGUUACUGUUCUCCAGGCUCCUCAAUUUACCAGACCAUUGCACAAUAUCGAGACAGUCGAAGGAACAAAUGUUCAUAUGGAAUGUCGUCUCCAGCCUGUCGGUGAUUCCUCCAUGAGAGUUGAAUGGUUUUGCAAUGGCUUCCCUAUUAAAGUAGGACACAGAUUCCGUCCAGCCUAUGACUUUGAUUAUGUCGCUUUAGAUUUGCUUAGCGUAUACCCAGAAGAUUCUGGUAUCUAUACUUGCCAAGCUAGAAAUCAGCUUGGAGAAGCCGUAACUUCUUGCAGUGUAAAAGUCAUCGCUAAGAAAGAUCUAUUGUUUGACACGCAACAUCCCGCAGGUUUGGAGAAAAUUCAGCAUCUAGAAGACGCAUCUCGUUACAAGCGCACCGAAUUUGUCGACGAACAAAUCACUGUAAAACCCAGGUUUAUUACAAAACCCAAGAACGUAGAAAAUAUGUCUGAAGGACAGCACGCUCACUUUGAAUGUAAAGUUGAACCUGUCACAGAUUCAAAUCUUAAAGUAGAAUGGUACAAAAACGGAAGACCCGUUACAGUUGGUCACAGAUUCAGACCAAUCCACGAUUUUGGAUAUGUCGCUCUCGAUAUUGUCGAUUUAAUAGCCGAAGACUCAGGAGUCUACACCUGCCGUGCCACUAACCUAAUAGGUUCAGACGAAACUACCUGCUCACUGAAAUGUAGACAAUCCGGACAAAUUAUUACUAGCACAGUAAAUGAAACUGGUCUGCAACAAAUCCAACACCUUGAAGACCGUUCCCGUUACCAAAGACGCGAGGAACAUGAAGAAAUAACUACUCAAGCUCCCAUUUUUACCAGUUCAUUGAAGAAUAUUGAUAUCAAGGAAGGACAACGUGCUCAUUUUGAGUGCCGUUUAAUUCCCGUCUCGGAUGCCACGAUGAAAGUUGAAUGGUUCCAUAAUGGACAACCGUUAAAAUCUGGUUCCAGGUUUACCGAAACCAACAGUUUUGGGUUCGUAGCACUUGAUAUUCUGUAUGCUUAUCCCGAAGAUGCCGGAACAUAUACUUGCCGGGCUACAAAUGCUCUUGGAGAAGCAGUUACAUCAGCUAUCUGUAACGUACAAUCUAAGAAAUCGAUUUACUCAGAAACUGUUCAUGAGGGAGCUCUAGAAAGGAUUACCGAACUCGAAGACACUUCCAAGUACCAGCGCAGAGAAGUUUACGAAGAAAGUAUCAGUCAAGCUCCUGUAUUUACCGUACCUCUGAAAGACCUUAGAACAGCUGAGAACCAGGCUGCUCAUUUUGAGGCACGGUUAAUUCCUGUUGGAGAUUCCAGACUCAAAGUUGAAUGGUUAAGGAAUGGUGUGCCAAUUCAAGCUUCUAACCGCAUAACUACCAUGCACGACUUUGGAUACGUAGCUCUGAAUAUGAAGUACGUCAAUCCAGAAGAUUCUGGAACCUACACAUGUCGUGCCGUCAAUGACUUGGGAGAAGCAGUAACAUCUGCUGUAUUGGAUGUUAAAUCCAAAGCUUCUCUUCAAUUCGAAUCCCAACACGAAGGCGCUCUACAAAAACUCCGCCAACUUGAAGACACCAGCCGCUAUCAAAGACGCGAAGAAGAGGAGAUUGAGGUUACUCAAGCUCCGUUCUUCUCUACUCAACUCAACGGCCCAACCGAGCUUAUUGAAGGCCAAAGUGCUCACUACGAAUGUAGAAUUGAACCAUAUCCUGACGCAAAUCUAAAGGUUGAAUGGUUACACAAUGGAAAAGCUUUGACAACUGGCCACAGGUUCCGUACCGCUUACGAUUUCGGAUUUGCUAGUCUAGAUGUUCUUACAGCUUAUGCUGAAGAUUCUGGUACUUAUACCUGCAGAGCAACCAACAGAAUUGGACAAGCUCAGUCAUCAGUACAAACAAGUGUUAGAUCUAAAGCCUCCAUUAUCCGCGACACUCAACACGAAGGUGCCCUACAGAAAAUCCAAUACCUCGAAGACGAAUCUAAAUACAAGAAAGUAUCUCGCGAAGAUGCUAUUGUGCUCGAAAAGCCCCAAUUUGGAAGAGGUCUUAAGACCAUUGAAAACCUUCCUGAAGGACAAAGUGCCCAUUUGGAAGCUACUCUUACCCCGGUUAACGACCCUACUAUGAGAGUUGAAUGGUUCUGCAAUGGACGUCCGAUUCAAACUGGACAUAGAUUUAAAACGACAUAUGACUUUGGAUAUGUAGCUCUUGACAUUCUUUAUGCUUAUGCAGAAGAUUCAGGCACUUACAUGUGCAAAGCUAGAAACGCUGUUGGUGAAGCUGUAACCACAGCUGCAGUAACAGUGAUUAAGGACAAGAACUUAUACCUUGAAACAAUGGACGAACAACGUCUAAGAAAAUUGAAAGAACUUGAAACUUACGAGAGACCAAAACGCGAAGAAGUAGAACCAUUACCACAAAAACCUGUCUUCUUAACUCCUUUAAUAAGUUUAGACAAUUUACAAGAAGGUCAACAUGCCCAUUUAGAAACACGCGUUGAGCCAAUCAAUGAUGCCAACCUCAAAAUCGAAUGGUACGUCAAUGGAGUCAAACUACGUGCAGGUCACAGAUUUAGAACGACUCACGAUUUUGGAUAUGUCGCAUUAGACAUUUUAUACGCAUAUCCAGAAGACAGUGGUACUUAUAUGUGCAAAGCUACUAAUCUCGUUGGAGAAGCUGUUAAUACUUGCACAAUUAAAGUUGGAGGACGUAGUGGAAUCGUACUCGAUACCCAACAUCCUGAGGGUCUUCAGAAGAUCAGAGAGCUUGAAGCUCAAGGUCACCCCACUAGACUUGAAAUUGAAGAACCUGUCGCUACACCGCCGAGAUUCGUUACUGAAUUACGCGGUACUACUGAAAUUUAUGAAGGCCAAACUGCCCACUUUGAAGCUCAAGUCGAGCCCAUUCACGAUUCUAACCUCAGAAUUGAAUUUUAUCAUAAUGGUAAGCCAUUACCUCAUGGCAACAGAUUCCAUAUCACUUUUGAUUUUGGAUAUAUUGCGCUGGAUAUUACACAUGCUGUUCCAGAAGAUGCUGGUGAAUACUCCGUUAAAGCUAUUAACAAUUUAGGCCAAGCAGUAUCCUCAAUUAAUUUGAAGGUGAUAUCAAGAGAUAGUAUCAUUACAGAGUCUACUAGACCCGAAGGUCUUGACAAGAUCAGACAGCUCGAGGCUCACGAACCUUAUAAACGACCUGAAAUUGAAGACACGGUCACUAGACAACGUCCAGUCUUUACACAACCCUUACAAAAUAUUGACUUCAUCCAAGAAGCUCAAACUGCUCACUUUGAAUGCAGACUCAUUCCUGUAGGAGACCCAACCCUGAAAGUAGAAUGGUUUAGGAACGAGAAACCUUUGGAAGAUAGCUCUCGUAUUACUAAGAUUCAUGACUUCGGUUAUGUAUCUUUAGACAUACAACAUGUCAGAGAAGAAGAUGCUGGUAUAUAUUUAUGUAGAGCAACCAAUCCACUUGGAGAGGCUGUUACUACGGCGUCAAUGAGAAUUAGAACACAAGCCAGUAUACAACUGGAAUCACAACAUCCAGAGGCUCAAAGCAAAAUAGCUCAACUUGAACAACCACUGGCUCCAAGACCAGAAGAACCAGAACGAAUUUUCGAAAAGCCCAUAUUUACUCAGGUACUUACUGGACCAACGGAACUAUGGGAAGGCCAACAUGCCCACUUUGAGGCUAGAGUUGUACCUGUUGGAGACUCUAGUCUUAGAUUUGAAUGGUACGUCAAUGGAGUAGAACUAAAACUUGGUUCCAGAUUUAAGGUUACAAACGAUUUUGGUUUCGUAACUUUGGACAUCAUGUCAACAGUUCCUAAUGACUCUGGAGUUUACAUGUGUAAAGCAAUUAAUAGAUCUGGAGAAGCUGUUUCAUCAAUAUCAAUGAAGGUUAAAUCCAGAUCAAACAUCAUAGGAGAACCAUUACAACCUGAUGCAUGGGAACAAAUCCGUCUCAAAGAAGCCGAAAUGAACAAAGUACCAGAAAUGUUUAUUGAUACAACUCCACAACAACCACCUGUAUUUACCACUCAUUUGAAGAGCUACGAUAAUCUUGUAGAAGGUCAACAUGUCUUCCUUGAAGCACAAGUGGAACCUAGAACUGACCCUAAUCUUAGAAUUGAGUGGUUUAAAAAUGGCGUUUCAUUGUCUACCGGUACCAGAUUACGUAGUACAUUCGAUUUUGGCUUGGUAACCUUAUCCAUUAACGGAUUAAGAGAUGACGAUUCAGCAAUAUACACUUGCAAAGCCACAAAUAAAUUGGGUGAAGCAAUAUCAACCUGUUCUUUGAAAAUCGCAGAUAAACACUGGUUAUUGGGAGAAAGCUUGCAUCCUGAUGCCAUUCCUAAAAUCGAAGAACUGGAAAGACCACAAGCUCCAAGGCCUGAAGCUCCAGAACCAACUUACGAGACUCCCAUAUUUAUUUCCCAUCUCAACAAUGUGGAAUGCUUUGAAGGUGACAACGUACACUUCGAAUGUCAUGUUGAACCAUCUAAAGAUCCUACUAUGAAAAUUGAAUGGUUUGUUAACAAUAAACCACUCCCAAGUGGAGCAAAAUAUAAGUCUACCUAUGAUUUUGGAUAUGUCGCAUUAGAUAUCACUCAUUCUUACGAACAAGAUUCUGGAAUUUACACUUGCAAAGCCAUCAACAGUAAGGGAUCAGCUACAACAUCCGGAUCUUUACGUUGUACAGGCAAGAAAAGCAUCUAUUACGACACGCAACAUCCCCAAGGGCAAGCCGGUCUUGAAGCUAUUGACACUGUUGAUCAAGCAGCUGCUGCCAAAUCUAAACACCCAGGCUUCGCUCCUGAAAAAGAAUAUCCUAAACCAGUUUGGACUGUGCCACUUAAUCCCGAAUUUACCGUACUAGAAAGCAAACCAUGGCAUUUGGAAGCAUCGGUUGAACCUAAGGAAGAUCCUAAUCUUAAGAUCGAAUGGUUCUUUAACGGUAAAUCGUUGGAUCAUGCUUCAAGAUUUAAACUUACCAGUGACUUUGGUUUUGUCACUCUUGAUUUAACUGAUGUUUAUGAACGUGAUCAAGGUGUGUAUACUGCUAAAGCUUCCAACAAAGCUGGUGAAGCGUUUACUUCAACCACACUUUAUUGUACCACUAAAGCCAAUCUUAUUGAGAGAACUCAACAUCCUAAAGGACAAGAAGGUUUAGAAAAGAUUCAGGAUCUUGAAGAUUCCCUUAACAGACCUGAAAUGCCAUUUGUUGAAGGUGAAGAAGGCCAUGCUCCAGUUUUUACAUCUGAAUUCACACACCUCACUAAUCUUAGUGAAGGUGAAAUUGCUCACUUUGAAGCCGGUCUUACACCCAUCGGUGACCAAACCAUGGUUGUUGAGUGGUUCUAUAACCAAAAAACCAUCGAAGCAUCUCACAGAUUUAGAACAGUACACGCUUUCGGUAUGGUUGUUCUAGAAGUUCUGGGAACUAAAAUUGAAGAUUCGGGUACUUAUACCUGUAAAGCCACAAAUAAAUGGGGAGUAGCAGAACAAAGUGUUACUCUCGAAUGCGUUGAUAAAGAAUCAGGACAAAAACCUAAGUUUACUACACAUAUUCAAGAUAUUGUUGGUCUAAAAGACGGCCAAUCAGCUCACUUCGAAUGUACUCUAAUCCCUGUUAAUGAUCCAAACCUUAAAGUAGAGUGGUAUCACAACGGACAACAUAUUCUACAGUCAUCACGUAUCAAGACAGUCUCAGAUUUCGGUUUUGUUGUAAUGGAUAUUUCUUACAUUCAAGAUCAAGAUUCCGGAGAAUAUGUAUGCAGAGCUUACAAUAAGUACGGAGAAGACUUUACUAGAGCCACCAUAUCUGCUCAUGGUAAAGGAGGUGUAUUCUCUGAGAGUUUACAACCCGACUCUUUAGCUAAAAUCAGAGAACUAGAAAGUUUCCAUGGACAGCAAGCUCAAGCUCCCACGACACCUGUCACUGAACCACCUAAGUUUAUUACCCAAAUACAAGAUGUUACCAAACUUGUUGAAGGACAGAGCGCUCACUUUGAAGCUCGUCUUACACCAGUUACUGAUCCUGAUUUGGUUGUUGAAUGGUACUACAAUGGUAAGAAAUUACCUCAUGGUCACAGAUACCGUACCUUCCAUGAUUUUGGUAUUGUUAUACUUGAUAUUUUGUACUGCUACGAAGAAAACUCUGGAGUUUAUGAAUGCAGAGCCUAUAAUAAAUAUGGAGAAGACUCUACAAAGGCAACAUUGAAAUGUGUCUCUAAAGCAAAUUUAAUCCUGGACUCGCAACUCCCGCGGGGCAUGGAAGGUGGACUAGAGAAAAUCCAGACACUGGAAGACUCUCUGGUCCGUACAAGAGAUGAAAAAGAAGAAGUAACAAAACGCCAAGCUCCAGUAUUUACAGUGCCUCUAUCCAACAUCGAUAGUCUUCGUGAAGGCGAAAACGCCCACUUCGAAGCCAGACUUAUUCCUACCGACGACCCUAAACUUAAAGUCGAAUGGUUCUGGAACGGAAAACCACUCCGUACUGGUUCACGAUUCCGUACUUUCUGCGAUUUUGGUUUCGUUAUCCUUGAAAUAUCUCCAGUUUAUCCAGAAGACUCUGGCGAAUACUCUUGCAGAGCUUUUAACGAGUAUGGGGAAGCCGUAACCACAGCUUCCAUGAAAGUUUCUGGUAAACGUAGUAUCAUCUUGGAAUCUCAACUUCCCAAAGGAAUGGAAGGAACUAUUGACAAAAUCGCCGAACUAGAAGGUUUAGGACUUGCACCUACUCAACCAUCCCCUGAAGAAGACUCUGGUAAACCACCAGAAUUUAUAACAACACCAUCUGACUUAAUCUUAAACGAAAACUCACUGGCACACUUUGAAUGCCGUUUGACACCUAUUAACGACCCGAGUAUGAGGGUAGAAUGGUUCCACAAUGGAAAGGCUUUAUGGGCUGGAUCUAGAAUCAAAACAAUCAACGACUUUGGCUUUGUAAUUCUUGAGGUAGCUGGUAUCUAUCAACGAGAUUCUGGCUUGUAUACUUGCAAGGCAACCAACAGACAUGGUGAAGCUUCAGUAUCUUGCAAACUCGAGGUAAAAGGAAGACAAGGAAUUAUUGUUGAGCCUCAGUUACCAUCUAACUUCCGUUCGGGAACUGAAAGUAUUCAGAAACUCGAAGAAGAAUUGUAUAAAAGAGACGAGAUUCAGGAAGCUUCAGAAACACCUCAUCCACCCAAGUUUAUUGUUGAAAUUAAAGAUAACGUUGAUGUUCCUGAAGGUGGGCCAAUUCAUUUUGACUGUCGCGUAGAACCAAAGAACGAUUCUUCGAUGGUUAUAGAAUGGUUCCACAAUGGAAAACCAUUUGCCACUGGUUCUCGUGUACAUCAAAUCAACGACUUCGGAUUUAUUUCUCUGGAUAUCGACUAUUCAUAUACCAGAGAUGCCGGUGAAUAUAUUUGCCGAGCUACCAACAAAUGGGGAUCGGCAAUAACUAAAGCUUCAGUGACCACAAAAACUAAACGUACCAUCGAUUUUGAAAGCCAACUUCCACCUGGAAUGAAUGCAGACAAACUAAAAGAUUUAGAAAAAGGUCCAGUUUCUGUGGCACCUCAGGAGGACAAGACUUUUGGUCCUCCCAAGUUUGUGACCCACAUCCAGUCUGUUACAGUCGAGGAAUCUGAAUCUAUUAGAUUCGAAUGCAGAGUCGAACCAAAAGACGAUCCAAAGUUGAGAAUUGAGUGGUAUAGGAACGGUAAAUUAUUACCAGCUGGACAUCGUUAUAGAACUGUAUACGAUCUUGGAUUUGUAUCCUUGGAUAUAUUGAAUGUUUAUUCUGAAGAUUCCGGAGAAUAUGUUUGUAGGGCCGUUAACGAUCACGGGGAGGACUUUACCAAAGCUCACGUGAGCUGUAAGAAGCUUCCUAAUAUCAUUCUGCAAAACCAAGUUCCAAAGGGCAUGAAGAAAUCCGAGACUUUGAUGCAAAUGGAGGCUGCGAUCAAGAAAUACACAUCUGAGGUGUAUUUAACUGAAGACGACUUAUAUGACGUGGAUAAGAAACAACCUCCUCGAUUUGUGACGCAGAUUUUAGAUCAAAACGAGCUUGUUGAGCGUCAGACAACGAAAUUCGAGUGUCAACUUGCACCGGUUGGUGAUCCAAACAUGAAAGUGGAGUGGUUCCUCAAUGGAAAACCUUUACCACAUAAAAAUAGAUUUACGCCGAUCUACGAUUUCGGCUACGUAGCCAUGAAUUUCGGUUGGGUCUACCCGGAAGACAGCGGAGAGUACGUUUGUAGAGCGACGAACUUGUACGGCAUGGACGAAACAAGAGCUGUCAUCAAGGUGGCUGGUAAACCUGGAAUUAUCUAUGAGUCCCAAUUGCCUAAAGGAAUGAAGAGUAUCGAGAAAAUCAGAGAACUCGAAGCAACUUGGCAAACUGCCCCUGAACAAGUUGAAGAUGAAACCAAACCAAGAUCAGCACCGGUAUUUGUGAGCAGACCAGAACCAGUAACCGUAGAAGAAGGCGAAUGGGCAAGAUUCUGUUGCAGAGUCACUGGACAUCCACGUCCAAGAGUUAUGUGGCUUAUCAACGGCCACACCGUGGUGAACGGUGCGCGCUACAGACUAACUUACGACGGAAUGUACCAUCUGGAUAUACCAAAAACCCGUCAAUACGAUACAGGAAAGGUUGAAGUGAUCGCAAGAAGUUCCGUGGGUGAGGCCAUAGCGGAAACUGAAUUGAAAAUCAUACCAAGACACGACGAUUAUAGAGGAGUACUCAAAAACUCUCCGAGACCUUGGUACGAUCUAGAACUAAGUCAGUACCAGAAAGAGCGCCAAGAAACCGAGUUAGAGAAAGUUUUCGACGAACGCAACACUACUCUCCACGAAGCUGGAUUGAACGUUAGUGGAGUCCACGUUCAGCCGAAAGAAUUCGUCGAACCCGAGACAGAAUGGCAGAAAACCGUCAAAUCGAAGAAAGGAGAAGGGUACUACAAUAAAUUGCAGGAACUGGAAAACGAGCAGGUCAGCAAAGAGAUCAGACUUAGAGAUUCUUCGCAUCAGUUCUCUAUUCCUGGUGAGAAGAUCGUGAGCAGUUCCGUGGCAAGAGGAAUGGCACAACAGUACCAAGAGAACUUGGAACAAGUACCAGAAAGGCCACAACUCCAACAUAUUCCUAGACUACCCAAGGCGGAGCCACCUAAAGUAACACCUCACAAAGACCAAGUAACCUUAAGAAAAACCGACAAGUCCAAAGAAGAACUCCAAACUGAAUACGAAGUUGACACCAAAAAGGGAGCCUAUCCACCAGGACCUACAGAAUCUGGAGUCCAUGGCAGAGAAGUUUACGUUACCAAACAAAAACAAACCCAAAAAGAGCGCCAGGGAGACCUCGAAAUCACCAGAAAUAUCACAGCCACCGAAACCACAGAUGUAGAACACAAAGCCAAGACUCAAGAACGUGUUGUUCAAGGCCAAGUAUUACCUAGUAAUCCACCAGUUUUUACCAAGAAGAUUCAACCUUGUAGAGCUUUCGAAAAUGAUUCGGCUAGGUUUGAAGUCGAGUUUGAUGGUGAUCCGUUACCUAAAGUCACGUGGUUCAGAGAAGAUUUCCCUAUUACCAGUUCACCGGACUUGAAGAUCUACACUUUCAGUACAAAAUCCAUCCUGGUACUUAGACAAGUGUUCAUGGAAGAUUCCGGAGUGUUUAGUGUUGUAGCUGAAAACCGUGGAGGAUCUGCCAAAUGCAGUGCAAACUUGGUUGUCCAAGAACGACGUAGGCAGGGUCGUGGAGGUGUUGUUCCACCCAACUUUGCCAAUACUAUCCAAUCUGUAUCAUCAAAUGUUGGUCAACUUAUCAGGUUUGAUGCCAGAAUCAACGGUACUAAACCCAUUGACGUUUACUGGUUGAAGAACGGAAAGAAGAUUAUUCCUGAUAUUAGAUACAAGACUUUGGAAGAAGAUGAUUUAUAUACUCUCCUUAUCAUUGAGCUGGUUCCAGAAGAUAGUGGUAAAUACGAGUGUGUUGCCAUCAACCAAGGAGGUGAAGCAAGAUGCGAAGCCGACUGUACUGUUUUAACGCCUUCAGGACCUCAGAGACCCGCAAAACCAACAACACCUGGAACAGAAAAAGCUCCUACAUUAGUUGAACCCAUUCGUGACCAAACUAUUCGUGAAGGACAAGCUGUUGCCUUCAGAUGUAAAAUAGUAGGAAAACCCACACCUACAAUCAAGUGGCUCAAAGCAGACAAAGUCAUCAAACCAUCCAAAUACUUCCAAAUGCUGAAAGAAGGUGAUUUUUGCAUACUUAAGAUCUCCGAAGCGUUCCCUGAAGAUGAAGGUGUCUACAAAUGCGUAGCUGAGAACGCGGCAGGUUCCAUAACUUCUCAAGCUAAGUUGAGGGUGUUGGCUCCAGAAACGCAAGAGGUGGCUCCGUCUUUGACUCCGAUGAAGGACGUCAUUGUACCAGAAGGUAGUCCGGCCCAGUUCAAGACCACCAUUUCUGGCAAACCGAAGCCCACGAUUCAGUGGCUGAGAGAAGGCUUCCUUAUACCGGAAUCGCCAGAUUUUCAGAUGAUCCAAGAAGGAAACAAUGCCAUCUUACUGAUAGCCACCACCUACGAGGAAGACUCAGGCACAUUCAGUUGUCGCGCUACGUCAUCAGCUGGAUCCGUCGAACAGUCGGCCAAGCUUAUCAUCAAAAGGCGUUCGGGAACAUACCGAAAAACUGCUUCUACCGAUGUCGGUUCAGAACAAGAUACAAGUACACAAUUGUCAAAACAACAAUACGGACCGUCAGUAUCCGGAGGUGUGGGCAAAACCACCCUCCAAUUUGUACCAGGUUCCAAGGGUGGUCAGCCACUAGAACCCAACGAUUUACCAACGGGAGACGAGAAUCUUCCUUGGAGGCGCCCAGGAAAAGUUAGACCUCAAAUGAUAGAUUUUCAAGAGCAACAACAAAGAUUAAAACAGGUUCAGCCGUGGACCGAGGAGCCUAUAGUACUAAAGAAAGCGAAAAUUGAGCGUAAAGAACCCGUCAGGGAACACAUCGAGGAGGUACAUCUUAAACCUAGUGUACCUGUCCAAAAGGAAAUCCCACACGCAACACUCGAAAGCGUAGACUUAAAACACGUUCCAGAAAUACAAAAAAUACCAGUAGUUCCACAAGAACCCGUAGUUACGCAAUGGAAAAAGCCCAUACACCAUCCAGAAACUCUUGAAAAGCAAGAUUCCGUCGAAAUUGACAUCGAUACAGUCAUAACCAAGAAACCUCAGCAUAUUAUCAAAACUGCAGGUCCUCAGCCUCAACAAGCUAAAAUAAUCCCUUGGAUCGACGAGAAAAUCACUCUCAAAUCAGCUCCAAAGGACCAAAUUGCAAAACUGAAAGACAUUCCGAAAGAAAGACUUGAAGAAGUUGUCCUCAAACAAGUAACAUUAGAAGAGAUUCAGGCACUAAAACUUGCUAAAUUGGAACAGCCCAGACAGCCUGGAGAACCAGUUCCAUGGACCGAAGAAGAUAUCGACCUUAAACCGACUCCACAAGAAAAGAAAGAAAUCCCUAAAGAAAAGCUCGAGGAAGUUCAUCUUAGACCUGUAGUUCUACCUGAUUUAGAAGAAUUAAAGUUGAUUCCUUUGCGACUGCCUGGUGAGCCAGUACCUUGGACUGAAGAGGAAAUCAGCCUGAAGCAUACUCUUCCAGAGAAAAAGGAAAUUCCUAAAGAAACCCUGGAAGAGGUAACACUAAAACCUGUUUCUAAAGUACCUGAAGGCUUUGAGGAAGGUCAUGUACCUCAUGUGGCUGAGCGAAAACCAGGCGAACUCGUACCUUGGACAGAGGAAGAUAUUAGUUUACGACAUACUCAACCAGAGAGGAAGGAAAUACCUAAACCAGUUUUGGAAGAGGUACCUCUAAAACCUGUGAGUAAAGUACGGGAACCUCUGGAAGAACACUUAGCACACAUCGCUGAAAGAAAGCCAGGUGAACCAGUUCCUUGGAUAGAGGAGGAUAUUAGUUUAAAACCUGCAGUUCCCGAAAAGAAAGUCAUUCCUAAACCAAGACUUGAGGAAGUUGUUCUUAAACACUCUGACAAAGUACCCGCAGCUAAAGACAUACUUCAGCAACCACAUUUACAAGAACGAAAACCAGGUGAGCCUAUUCCAUGGACUGAAGAAGAUAUUAGUUUGAAACCUACAGUUCCGGAAAAGAAAGUUAUUCCCAAACCCGAAUUAGAAGACGUUGUCCUAAAACAUACCGAAAAAGUACCACAAAUUAAGGACGUAAGUCAACCUCAAGCAGUUGAAAGACUUCCUGGCGAACCUGUACCAUGGACUGAAGAACCCAUUAGUUUAAAACAUACUGUUCCAGAAAAACACGUCAUUCCAAAGGAACAACUAGAAGAAGUGUCUCUGAAACCGGUUCCUAAAGCACCUGCUGUAAAAGAUGUUGAAUUCCAUCCUGAUGUACUUGAAAGAAAACCGGAAGAACCUGUUCCAUGGACUGAAGAAGAUAUUAGUCUCAAAUAUACCACAGUACAGAAGAAAGAAAUUUCUAAAGAAACUUUACCAGUCGUAAAAUUAAAAUCGACAUCAAAAGAAGAAAUUAUACAGGAAACUAAAGCCGGAGAAGCUGUUACCAUAACAGAAAAACAAAUAAAACAACAAGAGAUAUCUAAAGCUCAUAUUCAACAUACUGAAGACUCAACUCUGUUGGGUGUGGAGGAACACAAAAUCGAAACAACUGAAAAGAAAAUUCAGAUUAAAGAGUGGCAAAGAGGUGUAAAAGAGAAGGAUUUAUUACAACACGUAGAAGAUCAAACAGUGUUAGAUAUAAAAGAGAAGACAGACGAAACUGUAGAGCAACAAUUAACACCAAAACCUUGGAAACGAGGACCGAAGCUUAUUGAAGAAAAGCCCAAAGAAGUUGAAAAGAAAGAAGAACCUAUACCGUGGAAUAAACAGGAUAUUUCGUUAAAGAAAACUACAAUUCAAAGAAAAGAUAUUGCAAAAGAAAAAAUCGAGUCUGUAGAAUUAAAACCGACGGUACGUGUAGAACAAAAAACAGAAGAACAAAUCACAGAAACAGUAUCUAAAACUGCAGUUCAAGAAAUUAAACAUACCGAAGAUAAAGCUUUACUUGGAAUUCGUGAAAAGACUGAACAAAUUACCACAGAAUCUAAAUUAGAAGUUAAAGGUUGGACAAGAGGAAGAAAGGAUGAGGAAAAAUUAGUGAAAGUUCCUCUCCAACAUGUUGAAGAUAGAGCAAUAUUAGAUAUUUCUCAACAAGAACAAGUUAUCCAGGAGUCUAAGCCCGAGACAAGAACUUGGGCUAGAGGACCAAAACCUACAAAACCAGAAGAAGCCCAACCUGAAAUUCCUAAAGCUCCUCUUCAACAUGUUGAAGACACAGCAAUUUUAAAUAUAUCUCAACAAGAACAAGUUAUUCAGGAGUCAAAGCCUGAGGCAAGAGCUUGGGCUAGAGGACCAAAACCAACAAAACCAGAUGAAGUUCAACCUGAAAUAACUAAAGCUCCUCUUCAACAUGUUGAAGAUAGGGCAAUAUUAGAUUUGUCUCAACAAGAAAAAGUUACCCAGGAGUCCAAGUCUGAGACCAGAGCUUGGGCUAGAGGACCAAAACCAACUAAACCAGAAGAAGUUCCACUUGAAAUUCUUAAAGCCCCUCUUCAACAAGUUGAAGAUAAAACAAUAUUAGGCCUAUCUCAAAAGGAAGAAAUUACACAAGAAUCAAAGCCUGAGACAAGAGCUUGGGCUAGAGGACCAAAACCAACAAAACCAGAGGAAGUUCCACCUGCUCAAGCUCCUCUGCAACACGUUGAAGAUAAAACAGUAUUAGACUUAUCUCGAAAGGAAGAAAUUACCCAAGAAUCAAGGCCUGAAACAAGAGCUUGGGAUAGAGGACCAAAACUAUCCAAACCAGAGGAGGAAAUUCAACCAUCUCAAAUUGCACCAUCUCAAGUUGUAGAUACCUCGUUAUUAAAAUUAGACCAGCAAACUUCUGAGGUAACGGAAACCAAAUUAGAAGAACGAUCUUGGAGAAGAGGCAAGAAACCUGUGAUAGAACAGAAAGAAUUACCGGAAAAAGAUGAACAAAUACCGUGGAAUAAGCAGCCUAUUAGCCUCAAGAAAACAACUCGAAAGGAGAAAGAAAUUCCAAAAGAAAAAAUUGAAGACGUAACCUUAAAACCUAUAGCUAAAAAGGAAGAAGUUAUUGAACGAUUAGAAGAAAAACCAGAAGAGGAAUUAGUACCAAUUAUCGAGCUACCCGGGGAAAUCCACAAAACAAAACUUGUAGAGGAAGGCGUGGUUAAAGAAAUUAUUACUACAAAACGUCUUUUGAAAAAGAGAACUGGUAGUAUUGAAGAAACUACUCAUAUUGUAACACUAGAAGAAUCAGGACAAUCUCCCCAGACAACUGUUGUAAUUGAAGAGAAACCAAUACUGAAGAAAGAUAUUGAACAACCUAUAUAUGUCGUUGAAGAACUUCCUAUUAAAGUCCAAGAAACAACAGAAAUAAUCUCAGGGAAACCCGUACGAACUGUUGAAAAGAAACGUGUAAUUCAAACUAAGAAAGGCGAUAAAAAAGAAGUUAUUGAAAUUAUUUCCAAACAAAAACCAGGCGAAGUAUCUCAAGAUACUGUAAAGAUUCACGAAAAGCCUUUAGACAAAGCUGAACAUUAUACUGAACCGAAAUAUCGCGUGGAGGAAUUGCCAGUACAAAUUCAUGAAACUGUAACCAUUGAAGGUGGAAAAAUAUCGAAACAAGUUAUUAAAAAACGUACUAUUCAGAAGACCAGAGAUGGCAAACAUGAAACUACUCAAAUUAUUACCAGAGAAGAACAAGAUAAAGCACCCCAUGUUACUGUAAGUACCGAAGAACAACCUUUAGAACCAGAAUAUGUACCUGAGUUAAUUACUGCAGCUGAACUUCCUCUGCAAGUUACAGAAAGUACUGUAAUCGUCGAUGGAGUACCGAAAACUCAAAUAACUAAAACUAGAAUUAUACGCAAACAGAAAGGCGAUAAACAAGAAAUCACUCAAAUCGUAACCACAGAACAAGAAGACAAACAACCUGAGACGACAGUCACAGUUUUGGAAGACAUUAAGAAAAAGAAGCCUGUAAUUGAGGGAAAACCAGAGACUGUUCCUUGGACUCAAGAAGAAGUAAAACUUAAACCUGCGAAGCCACAGAAGAGUAAAGUUCCAGAAAUAACACCUGAAGAAAUCAAACUAAAGCCCUUUAAGGUUUCAGAAACACCUGAGGCUAAACAAGUGGUCAUUGAAGAACUUCCUGAGCAAAUCCAAAUUUCUACAACAGUAGAUAAAGGUGUUGUACAGAAGAAAGCAACCAAAACAAGGACAAUUAAAAAACGUAUUGAUGACAAAGAAGAAACUACCCAUAUUGUAACUGUUAUAGAAGAAGGCAAAGCACCUCUUACUACAGUUGUCAUCGAAGAAGAAAAUAUACCGGCAGAAAUAGUUGAACAGCCUAUUUAUAUAGUCGAAGAGUUGCCUGAACAAAUUAAAGAGAGUACUGUAGUAGAAAAAGGCAUUACCAAGAAGAAAAUUGAGAAGAAACGUAUCUUUGAAACAAAGAAAGGAGACAAAAAGGAAAUCACCGAGAUAGUUACCACUCAAAAAGGAUCUGAACAGCCUGAAACAAUCGUUACUAUAACCGAAAAACCACUACCAAAAGAUGCAAUUAAAACAGAACCGCAAUUUGUUGUAGAAGAAUUACCUGUACAAAUUUACGAAACAACUACAAUUGAUGCAGGUAAAAGCAUCAAGCAAGUGGUUAAAAAACGAACAUUGCAGAAGGAAAAGGAUGACAAAAAAGAAAUUAUUGAAAUUAUUACUCGUCAAGAUCAAAAGAAGAAACCUGAAGUCACUGUAACAAUUUCAGAGCAACCAGUCACCAAAGAAGAGUUAAUAGAAGAACCUACACUUACCAUUAAGGAACUUCCUGUCCAGAUAUACGAAACUAUAGUAAUUGAUGAAGGUGUCCCUAAAAAGCAAAUAGUUAAGAAGAGAGUAAUAGAAAAACAAAAAGGUGAUAAAAGGGAAAGGACUGAAAUAGUUUCUAUUGAACAGGAAGAUAAACUACCCGAAACUAAGGUAACUGUAACUGAAGAAUUGGUCGAACAGAAGAAACCACGCAGGAAAAUCAUUCCCGAGGAUAAGAAAGAAAUUCCUUGGAUCGAACAAGUUCAACUUAAGAGAGCUAAACCACAAAAACAAGACAUUCCUAUAGAAAAACUUGAAGAUGUUCGUCUACAACAAGUUCAGAAACCUGUCGAAAAAAUAACAGAGCUUCCUGAACAAAUUCAAGAGACUACCAUUGUUGAUAAGGGCAUAACCAAGAAACAAGUGACCAAAAAACGAGUUAUAACGAAACGCAGAGGUAGUAAAGAAGAAACUACUCAAAUAGUAACAGUUGAGGAGGAAGGAAAAACUCCAGAAACUGUUGUUACGGUCGCUGAAGAGCAAAUACCAGAAGAAGUAUCCGAACAGCCCAUAUACGUUGUUGAAGAGUUACCACAACAAGUCCAUGAAUCUAUUGUUAUCGAAAAAGGAAUACCUAAAAAACGCAUCGAAAAGAAAAGAGUUAUUAAAACUAGAAAGGGUUCGAAACAAGAAAUUACUGAAAUCGUAACGACGCAACAAGAAGGAAGGAAACCUGAAACUAUGGUAAGCAUUCAAGAAAUAGAGGCACCAAAAGAAGAACUAGUUGAGCAUCCAGAAUUUAUGGUCGAAGAACUUCCCGUGAGAAUACAAGAAACUAUUGUAAUUGUGGAUGGAAAGCCUAAGAAAAAGAUCGAGAAAAGAAGAACACUUAAAAAGAAAAAAGACGAUAAAGAGGAGACGACAGAAAUUGUUGUAAUUGAAGAAGAAGGUAAGAAACCUGAAACAUUUGUUAUAACUAAGGAAGAUAUUGUUACCGAGGAGGUUCCUAAAGAAGAAAUAAUUGAGUUACCUCAACAAACCCAAGAAAUAAUAGUUGAAGAUAAAGGUAUAGAGAAGAAACAGAUUUUAAAGAAAAGAACAAUCAAGAAAAAGAAAGGAGACAAAGCUGAGACCACCGAAAUCUAUACCCUCGAGAUUGAAGGGCAAGAACCUGAAUCUACAGUAGUUGUAACAGAAGAAAAACCAAGUGAAGUAGAAGAGAAACCCAAAAGAAAACUUUUACUUCAACCUACAGAGGAAAUACCUUGGACUGAACAAGUAAGUCUGAAGAAGACACCAAAAGUCAAGAAACCCGAAGAAGAAAAACCAGAACAGGGUCAUCUUAAGCCAGUUCAAAAGGAAAUACUUGAAGAACCCAUUACAGUUAUAGAAGAACUGCCUGAAGUAAUUCAACAACUUACCGUAAUCGACAAAGGCGUGGAAAAGAAGCAAAUAACAAAGAAAAGGAUUAUUAAAAAGAAAAAAGGAGACAAAGAAGAAACUACACAGAUAACUACGAUAGAGGAAGUAGGUAAAGCUCCUGUCACCACAGUAACAAUUCAGGAAGAACAACUUACUGAAGAUAAGGCACAUGAACCACACUACGUUGUCCAAGAGCUUCCUGAAGAAGUAUAUGAAACAACUGUAAUAGAACAAGGCAUACCCAAACAUAAAGUACAGAAGAAACGUGUUAUUAAAACAAGAAAAGGAGGUAAACAAGAAACCACUGAAAUUAUUACAACAGAGCAAGAAGGAAAACAACCUGAAACUGUUAUAACCGUCACAGAAAUGGAAGCUCCUCUAGAAAGAUUGCCUGAAACUUAUGAAGUUUUAGAAGAACUGCCCGUAGAAAUACAGGAAACUGUGGUAAUUGAAGAAGGGGUUCCUAAGAAACGCGUCGAAAAAAGACGCACAAUUAAAAAACGAAAAGACGAUAAAGAACAAAUUACCCAGAUUGUAACAGUUUCUGAAGAAGGUAAACUUGUUGAUACAUCUGUAAUAGUUAAGGAGGAAGAAGCACCAUUCGAAGAGGUAGAAAGCACAAUCAGCGAAGUUCCAGAACAAGUUCAGGAAAUUGAGUAUGUCGAUCAGGGUAUCAUCAAGAAAAAGGUACUCAAAAAGAAGGUAAUUAAAAAGAAGAAAGGUGAUAAAGAGGAAAUAACUGAAAUAUCUACUGUCGAAGAAGAAGGAAAGAAACCCGAAACAACAGUAUACGUAACUGAAGAAGCAGUACCAGAGGAAAAGAAACCUAAAAAACAACCUCUUAUCGAAGAGAAAGUUGUCCCUUGGACUGAACAGGUUAAACUUAAAAGGGCACCCAAAACAACCAAACCGGUCGCAGAGAAACCGGAGGAAGUCCAACUUAAACCCGUUAAGAAAGAACCAAAACUUCCCGAAGAAUUGCCUUUAGUGAUAACAGAAUUACCAGAGGAAAUUCAACAAACCACUGUCGUCGAUAAAGGCAUUGAAAAGAAACAAACAACGAAAAAGAGAGUAAUAAAGAAAAGAAAGGGAGACAAGGAAGAAACAAUUCAUAUAUUAACGGUAGAAGAAGAAGGAAAAACUCCUUUGACUACAGUUACUGUCGAAGAAUUACAGAUACCUGAAGAAAAAUCCGAACAACCUAUUUACACUGUUUAUGAAUUACCAGAAGAAGUAAAGGAAACAACUGUUGUAGUUCAAGGCGUGACUAAGAAGAAAUUUGAAAAGAAAAGAGUAAUUCGAACAAGAAAAGGCGAUAAAGAAGAAAUAACUAAGAUUGUCACUACAGAGCAAGAAGGUAAAAAACCUGAAACGGUGAUUACCGUGCAGGAAAUUGAGACAUCUUUAGAAGAAAUACCUGAAGAACUUGAAUUUGUAGUGGAAGAACUCCCUGUACAAAUUCAAGAAACCGUUGUUGUCGAUAAAGGCACACAUAAGAAGAAAGUCGUUAAAAAACGUACACUUAAAAAGAAAAAGGAUGGAGUUGAGCAAACCACAGAAAUUUUAACUGUUGAAGAAGAAGGCAAAAAACCCGAAACAAGUAUUGUAGUUUAUGAAGAGGCUGUACCGCUCGAAGAUACCACUACAACUCCAGUGGUAGAGGAACUUCCAGAAGAUAUACAAGAAACCACUGUUGUUGAUAAAGGCGUUCUUAAGAAAAAGGUCGUUCAAACACGAGUUAUCAAGAAGCGGAAAGGUAGCAAAGAUGAAAAGACAGAAAUUAUUACUAUUACAGAAGAAGGAAAAGCACCAGAGUUUCAAGUCCUGGUCACUGAAGAAACAGUGCCAAAGGUUAAGAAACCAAAAGUAAUUAAACCAAAACCAGAAGAAACUAAAGAGGAAUUUACGCUAGUUGAAGAGCUACCUCAACAAGUCCAGGAAACAACUGUAAUUGAAAAUGGCAUAGUAAAGAAGAAAUUAACAAAGAAGCGAAUUCUUAAGAAGAGAAGAGGUAGUAAAGAAGAAAUAACUCAAAUAGUCACAGUACAGGAUGAAGGUAGAGUACCUCAAACGACAGUGACUAUCGAAGAGGAAGAAAUUCCUAAAGAACAACCGAUUUAUGUUGUUGAAGAAUUACCAGAACAAAUCCUUGAAACUGUUGUUAUUGAAAAAGGAAUUCCCAAAAAGAAAGUUCAGAAAAAGCGGACAAUUAAAACAACUAAAGGUACAAAACAAGAACUAGCAGAAGUUGUUACCAUAGAACAAGAAGGUAAAGAACCAGAAACAACAAUAACCUAUCAUGAAAUUCAAACUCCCGCAGAGAAGAUUCAACCCGAAUUUAUUGUAGAAGAACUGCCACUUGAGAUUAAAGAAACCAUAGUAAUAGAAGAGGGUGUGCCCAAAAAGAAGGUCUUAAAGAAAAGAACCAUUAAAAAGAAAGUGGAUGGCAAAGAAAAAAUCACAGAAAUUAUAACGACCGAGGAAGACGGUAAACAACCUGAAAUAUCUGUCGUUACAAAAGAAGAGGAAAGCAAAGUUGAAGAGCUGAAACCUAAAAUUAUUGAAUUACCUGAGGAAAUACAAGAAACAACGGUUGUUGAGAAAGGCAUAUCUAAGAAAAAGGUACUUAAAAAGAGAAUUAUCAAAGAACGAAAGGAUGGUAAAGAUCAAAUUACUGAAAUAGUUACUGUUGAAGAAGAAGGAAAGAAACCUGAAGUUACUGUCGUAGUUAAAGAGGAGGAGAUUCCGGAAGAAAAACUAAAAACUAAAAUAUUUGAACAAGUACCUGAUAUCCCUUGGACAGAGCAAGUCAAAUUAAAACCAGCUAAGAAAACUCAAAAGAAAAUCGGUAAAGAUAAGUUGGAGGAAGUUCAGCUUCAGCCAGUAAAGCCUGAACACAAACUGAAAGAGGAAAUGACAGUUACAAUGGAAGAAUUGCCUCAAGAGAUUCAAGAAACCACAGUUAUCGAAGAGGGUAAACCUAAGAAGAAAAUUGUUAAGAAACGCGUUAUCAAGAAACGAAAGGGAAGCAAGGAGGAGACAACUCAAAUUACUACAGUAGAAGAGGAAGGAAAAGCACCACAGAUUACAGUACAACAAGAAGAAAAAGUUAUUCCCAAGGAUGUUCAAGAGCAGCCUAUUUAUACAGUCGAAGAAUUGCCUGAGCAGGUCUAUGAAACAACAGUUGUAGAGAAGGGAGUGCCAAAGAAAAAAGUUGUAAAGAAACGUAUAAUAAAGACUAGAAAAGGAGACAAAGAUGAAAUUACUGAAAUUGUAACUACUCAAAAAGGCGAGGAAAAGCCUGUAACGGUCGUAUCCAUACAAGAACAGCCUGCAGUCCCUGAAGAAACUCAGCCUGAGUACGUAGUAGAGGAACUGCCUUUGCAAAUUCAAGAAACAGUUGUUGUUGAGGGAGGUAUUACGAAAAGGAGAGUACAAAAGAAAAGAACUAUUAAGAAAAAGAAGGACGAUGGAAAAGAACAAGUUACUGAAAUAGUUACAGUUGAAGAAGAAGGAAAGGUAGCACAAACAUCGGUAGAAAUUCACGAACUAGAGGAGUCUGAUAUCAUCUUUGAAAAACCUCUAAUAGAGGAAUUGCCUGAGGAAAUACAAGAAACAACAGUGGUAGACAAAGGGGUUGUUAAGACGAAACGUCUUAAAAAGAGGGUUAUUAAGGCAAGAAAGGGUAGUAAAGAUGAAACAACGGAAAUUCUUACUGUUGAAGAAGAGGGCAAGAAACCUGAAAUAACUGUUACCGUAAAAGAAGAAGAAAUUCCAGAAGAAAAACCAAAAGCCACGAUAUUUGAACAAAAACCAGAUAUUCCAUGGACCGAACAAGUCAAAUUGAAGCGUACGAAGAAAACUGAACAGAAAAUCAUUAAAGAUAAGCUAGAAGAAGUUCAACUUCAGCCAGUAAAAAUUGAAGAGAAACCUGAAGAACAACCGACUGUUACUAUCGAAGAAUUGCCUCAAGAAAUUCAAGAAACUACGGUGAUUGAAGAAGGUCGUCCUAAGAAGAAAAUUGUUAAAAAGCGUGUUAUUAAAAAGAGAAAGGGUAGCAAGGAAGAGACAACUCAAAUUACUACGGUAGAAGAAGAAGGAAAGGCCCCUCAAAUAACUGUUGAACAAGAAGAAAAAGAAAUACCAGAAGAAGUUCAGGAACAACCUAUUUACACAGUAGAAGAAUUGCCUGAGCAAGUGUUCGAAACAACAGUUGUGGAAAAAGGAAUUCCGAAGAGAAAGGUUGUUAAAAAACGCAUCAUAAAAACUAGAAAAGGAGAUAAACAGGAAAUAACUCAAAUUUUGACUACACAAAAAGGCGACGAGAAGCCUGAGACUGUCGUGUCUAUAGAAGAACAACCUGCUCUACGUGAGGAAAUUCAACCUGAGUAUAUUGUAGAAGAAUUGCCGUUACAAAUUCAAGAAACAGUUGUAGUUGAAGGAGGUGUAACGAAAAAGAGAGUACAAAAGAAGAGAACAAUUAAGAAAAAGAAGGAUGAUGGAAAAGAACAAGUUACUGAAAUUGUAACAGUUGAAGAAGAAGGAAAAGUACCACAAACAACGGUAGAAAUUUAUGAAUCAGGGGAGUCUGAUAUCACCUUUGAAAAACCUGUAAUAGAGGAAUUGCCAGAGGAAAUACAGGAAACUACAGUUGUAGACAAAGGGGUUGUUAAGAAGAAACUUGUUAAAAAGAGGGUUAUUAAGACAAGAAAGGGUAGUAGAGAUGAAACAACGGAAAUUCUUACUAUUGAAGAAGAGGGCAAGAAACCUGAAAUAACUGUCACCGUCAAAGAAGAAGAAAUUCUAGAAGAACAGACAAAAGCCACGAUAUUUGAACAAAAACCAGAUAUUCCAUGGACCGAGCAAGUUAAACUAAAACGUACCAAGAAAACUCAAAAGAAAAUCGUCAAAGAUAAGCUAGAGGAAGUUCAACUUCAACCAGUAAAAACUGAAGAGAAACCCGAAGAAGAACAAACUGUUACUAUAGAAGAAUUGCCUCAAGAAAUCCAAGAGACUACGGUGAUUGAAGAAGGUCGUCCUAAGAAGAAAAUUGUUAAAAAGCGUGUUAUUAAAAAGAGAAAGGGUAGCAAGGAAGAGACAACUCAAAUUACUACGGUAGAAGAAGAAGGAAAGGCCCCUCAAAUAACUGUUGAACAAGAAGAAAAAGAAAUACCAGAAGAAGUUCAGGAACAACCUAUUUACACAGUAGAAGAAUUACCGGAGCAAGUUUUCGUAACAACAGUUGUUGAAAAAGGAAUUCCAAAGAAAAAAGUUGUUAAAAAAUGCAUCAUAAAAACUAGAAAAGGAGAUAAAGAGGAAAUAACUCAAAUUUUGACUACACAAAAAGGCGACGAGAAGCCUGAGACUGUCGUGUCUAUAGAAGAACAACCUGCUCUACUUGAAGAAAUUCAACCUGAGUAUAUUGUAGAAGAAUUGCCUUUACAAAUUCAAGAAACAGUUGUAGUUGAAGGAGGUAUAACGAAAAAGCGAGUACAAAAGAAGAGAACAAUUAAGAAAAAGAAGGAUGAUGGAAAAGAACAAGUAACUGAAAUUGUGACAGUUGAAGAAGAAGGAAAAGUACCACAAACAACGGUAGAAAUUCAUGAAUUAGAGGAGUCUGAUAUCACCUUUGAAAAACCUGUAAUAGAGGAAUUGCCAGAGGAAAUACAGGAAACUACAGUUGUAGACAAAGGGGUUGUUAAGAAGAAACUUGUUAAAAAGAGGGUUAUUAAGACAAGAAAGGGCAGUAGAGAUGAAACAACGGAAAUUCUUACCGUUGAAGAAGAGGGCAAGAAACCUGAAAUAACUGUCACCGUAAAAGAAGAAGAAAUUCUAGAAGAACAGCCAAAAGCCACGAUAUUUGAACAAAAACCAGACAUUCCAUGGACCGAGCAAGUUAAACUAAAACGUACCAAGAAAACUCAAAAGAAAAUCGUUAAAGAUAAGCUAGAGGAAGUUCAACUUCAACCAGUAAAAACUGAAGAGAAACCCGAAGAAGAACAAACUGUUACUAUAGAAGAAUUGCCUCAAGAAAUCCAAGAGACUACGGUGAUUGAAGAAGGUCGUCCUAAGAAGAAAAUUGUUAAAAAGCGUGUUAUUAAAAAGAGAAAGGGUAGCAAGGAAGAGACAACUCAAAUUACUACGGUAGAAGAAGAAGGAAAGGCCCCUCAAAUAACUGUCGAACAAGAAGAGAAAGAAAUACCAGAAGAAGUUCAGGAACAACCUAUUUACACAGUAGAAGAAUUACCGGAGCAAGUUUUCGAAACAACAGUUGUCGAAAAAGGAAUUCCAAAGAAAAAAGUUGUUAAAAAACGCAUCAUAAAAACUAGAAAAGGAGAUAAAGAGGAAAUAACUCAAAUUUUGACUACACAAAAAGGCGACGAGAAGCUUGAGACUGUCGUGUCUAUAGAAGAACAACCUGCUCUACUUGAAGAAAUUCAACCUGAGUAUAUUGUAGAAGAAUUGCCUUUACAAAUUGAAGAAACAGUUGUAGUUGAAGGAGGUAUAACGAAAAAGAGAGUACAAAAGAAGAGAACAAUUAAGAAAAAGAAGGAUGAUGGAAAAGAACAAGUUACUGAAAUUGUGACAGUUGAAGAAGAAGGAAAAGUACCACAAACAACGGUCGAAAUUCAUGAAUUAGAGGAGUCUGAUAUCACCUUUGAAAAACCUGUAAUAGAGGAAUUGCCAGAGGAAAUACAGGAAACUACAGUUGUAGACAAAGGGGUUGUUAAGAAGAAACUUGUUAAAAAGAGGGUUAUUAAGACAAGAAAGGGUAGUAGAGAUGAAACAACGGAAAUUCUUACCGUUGAAGAAGAGGGCAAGAAACCUGAAAUAACUGUCACCGUAAAAGAAGAAGAAAUUCCAGAAGAAAAGCCAAAAGCCACGAUAUUUGAACAAAAACCAGAUAUUCCAUGGACCGAGCAAGUUAAACUAAAACGUACUAACAAAACUCAAAAGAAAAUCGUUAAAGAUAAGCUAGAGGAAGUUCAACUUCAACCAAUAAAAUCUGAGGAGAAACCUGAAGAAGAACAAACUGUUACUAUCGAAGAAUUGCCUCAAGAAAUCCAAGAAACUACGGUGAUUGUAGAAGGUCAUCCUAAGAAGAAAAUUGUUAAAAAGCGUGUUAUUAAAAAGAGAAAGGGUAGCAAGGAAGAGACAACUCAAAUUACUACGGUAGAAGAAGAAGGAAAGGCCCCUCAAAUAACAGUGGAACAAGAAGAAAAAGAAAUACCAGAAGCAGUUCAGGAACAACCUAUUUACACAGUAGAAGAAUUGCCUGAGCAAGUCUUCGAAACAACAGUUGUGGAAAAAGGAAUUUCGAAGAAAAAAGUUGUUAAAAAACGCAUCAUAAAAACUAGAAAAGGAGAUAAAGAGGAAAUAACUCAAAUUUUGACUACACAAAAAGGCGACGAGAAGCCUGAGACUGUCGUGUCUAUAGAAGAACAACCUGCUCUACUUGAAGAAAUUCAACCUGAGUAUAUUGUAGAAGAAUUGCCUUUACAAGUACAUGAAACAGUUAUAGUUGAAAGAGGUGUUACGAAAAAGAAAGUACAGAAAAAACGUACUAUUAAGAAAAAGAAGGAGGAUGGCAAGGAACAAGUAACUGAAAUUGUUACAAUUGAAGAGGAAGGCAAAGAACCGCAAACAACAGUCGAAAUUUACGAAGUAGAAGAAACUGAAAGUACCUUUGAGAAACCUGUAAUUGAGGAACUACCUGAGGAAAUACAGGAAACUACAGUAGAAGAUAAAGGGGUGAUUAAAAAGAAACUUGUCAAGAAGAGGGUUAUUAAAACUAGGAAAGGAAGCAAGGACGAAACCACCGAAAUUGUAACUGUUGAGGAGGAGGGCCAGAAGCCCACUACUUCCGUUACAGUGUUUGAAACGGAAGUGCCUGAGGUAGAAGCGAAGAAACCUAAAGUGAAAAAGAUUAAAAAGGCAAAGAAAACUGAAGAGACUUUGACAACCUCCGAAGGAUAUCUCUUUGUACCUUCACUAGCAGAAGAGACAGAAGAAGUUCAACCUGAAGAUAUCAUGGAUAUGGUGCAAGUUGAAUUAAUCAAAAUGCGCCUGGCUAAAGACCUUCCUGAUCAUGUCUUCGCCGAGGAAGUACCUAAAUAUGUCGUUGAAGAGUUACCUGAAGAAAUUCAGGAAACUAUUACUGUGGAGCACGGUGUCCCGAAAAAGUCAAUCACGAAAAAACGAGUUAUUAAGAAAAGACGCGGUAGCAAGGAAGAAACAACCCAUAUUGUAUCAGUUGAAGAAGAAGGAAAAGUUCCUCACACUACAGUAACAGUAGAGGAAUUGACAAUUCCUAAAGAACAACCAAUUUAUACAGUUGAAGAACUACCAGAACAAGUAUUUGAAACAUCAGUUAUAGAUGAAGGAAUUCGUAAAAAAAGGGUGCAGAAGAAACGCGUUAUUAAAACUAGAAAAGGUGACAAACAAGAAGUUACUGAAAUCGUCACGACCGAACAGGAAGGUCACAAGCCUGAAGUCACUAUAUCUGUUAUUGAAAGUGAAGUACCGUCAGAAUUACCAACUGAAAAAGUUGAGACCGAAUACCUUGUAGAAGAGUUGCCAGUUGAAAUCCAAGAAACUGUCGUUGUAGAUAAAGGUGUUGCUAAACGAAAAGUUCAGAAGAAAAGAACAAUUAAAAAGCGUAAAGGUGACAAAGAAGAAACGACUCAAAUUAUUACUGUAGAAGAAGAAGGAAAGAAACCCGAGAUUACUGUAACCAUUGAAGAGACCCCUAUUCAAGAAAAUACAUCUUACACUGUUGAAGAAAUGCCACUUGAGAUUCAGGAGACCACUGUUGUCGAUGGUGGUGUGACAAAGAAGAAAGUACUUAAGAAGCGAGUUAUUAAAAAGAAGAAAGGAGACAAAGAAGAAAAAACAGAAAUCACUACUGUAGAAGAAGAGGGUAAGUUACCCGAAACCACAGUAGUUAUAGAGGAAGUACCAAUUGUAGAAGAAAAACCUAAAGCCAAAAAGAAACUGAAGGCAAAGAAAAUCGAAGAAGUUCCUUGGACUGACGAACUAGUAAAAUUAAAACCGACCAAAAAGGCUCCCAAAGAAACAGAAAAACCAGACAUUGAGAAAGUUGAGUUGAAGCCUAUCGAACUAGAGGAAGCUGAAGAGCCUAUAUUCAAAGUCGAGGAACUACCGCUAGAAAUUAAAGAAACGACCGUUAUUGAUAAGAGUGGGGUUCCUAGGAAGAAAGUCGUCAAGAAGAGAGUUAUCAAGAAACAAAAGGGUGACAAACAAGAACGCACCGAAAUCAUUACAGUGGAAGAGGAAGGUGAACAACCAAAAACAACGAUAGUUAUUGAAGAGGUCGCACCAGAACAAGAGGCACCUUUAUAUAUAGUCCAAGAAAUGCCAGAACAGAUACAGGAAACUGUUGUAAUUGAAGAGGGCAAGCCCAAAAAGAAAGUGACCAAAAAAAGGAAAAUUAUUAAGAAAGAUGGAGAUAAACGUGAAACAACUGAGAUAGUAACAGUUGAAAAAGAGGGCGAGCAACCACAAACUACUGUAACCGUCGAAGAAGACGUGGCACCGAUAGAAACUGAAGAAGAAGCUCCGCAGUUUAUUGUCGUAGAACUACCAACAGAAAUUCAAGAGACUAUAGUUAUUGAAGAGGGUGUUCCUAAAAAGAAGGUCGUCAAAAGGCGAAAAAUCAAGAAACGAAAGGGCGAUCAAGACGAGACUACUGAAAUUGUUACAGUAGAAGAAGAAGGUAAAAAGCCAGAAACUACUGUUUCGAUAUUAGAAGAAGCCGCAUCUGAAGAAACACCUGAGAAAUCGGUCAUAGAAGAACUUCCCGAAGAAAUUCAGGAAACCACUGUACUGGAACAAGGCAAACCCAAAAAGAAAACCAUCAAAAAGAGAAAGAUUAAGAAGAAGGAAGGAGGCAAAGAGGAAACUACUGAAAUUGUAACUGUGGAAGAAGAAGGAAAACAACCGGAAGUAACUGUUUCGGUUAUUGUUGAAACCGUUACCGAAGUCGAGGACACAAUAGUAUUGAAAGUCGAUGAAGAAAAACCCAAGAAACUCAAAUCAAGGAUAAUAUUAAUUCCAGAAGAAGAAAAACCGGAGUCUAUCAAAUUAAAACAUAUAAGCAAACCUGAGAAACCUCAAAAGGCUGAAGUACAAGAUUUUGCUUUACCUGUACUGGUUAAACUAAAACCAGUAACAAAGGCUGAACAGCCUGAAGAGGAAGAAGACUUGGAAAAAGUCAUUUUGAAACCAGUAGACUUGCCCGAGCUUCAAGAAGCUACACUUGUAGAGAAGAAGAAAAAAGAAAAGAGAAGAAAGAAGGAAGAGGUUAUUCUGCCAGAAAUACCAGACGCUGAAAAGUACGUUCCUGAAGUUGCCGAGAAAAUCGAAUUUGAGGAAAAACCUAAAGAAGAAAUAGAAACUCCAACUGCACCUUGGAGGAAACCUGUCAGACCCAAGAAAGAACAACCAGUUGAAGAAGUUCCUGGAUUAAAGAUAGGAAAAGGAAAAAUACCGAAACAUGAGGACAUAAUCGAAGAUGUUAAACUGAAACCGGUUAAGAGAGACAAACAGGUUGAAGAGACAAGUACUGAAAUAUCUAAACCUGUUAAACUUCCUAAAGGCGACUACCAGCCAAAAGACUACGAAAAGGGUGAGUUUGAAUUUAAACCGAAAGAAAAGGAACCAGUACCUCGACCUGAGCAAGUGACGAUCGUUGAGCUUAAACCUUCUGAACUCGAAGAAGAAGUUCAUGAACCAGAAGAACCGACAACUUAUAAGAGAAAAUCCAAAAAGAAAGUUGAGGAGGUACCUGAAGUCAAAGAAUGGCCUCGUGGUAAAAGAAAACCGUUACCAGAAGAGCCCCUGGAAGAAAUUAAACUUAAACCCAUACCUAGAGAAAAACCGGAAGAAGAAGAAUUUAAAGUUAUUACGGAAGAUGUUAAAACUGAAAAACCAUACGAGAUUCCGGAAGUUGAACACGAUGAUGAGCUUAAACUCAAACAACCCGGUAUUAAGGAAAUUACCGAGACAGAAAUCAGGAAAAUUAAGAAGAAAAAACCGAAACAUAAAGAACAACCUGAAGAAGAAGCACCUGAGUUGAUUCCUACAAAAUUAGAAGACGUAGAAGAAACAGUACAGAUACCUGAGAUAUCUCAAACUGAAAUAACUCUUUUAGAAAAGAAAGAGUUACCACAACCGAUAGAGAAGCCUGAAGAAGAACAGCCAGAAGAUCAGGAAGAAUUCAAGAAAGAUAUUCAAGUACAAAUAGUUUCGAAGAAAGUCAAGAAAGAGAAGAAGCGCGUGAUUAAGUUUGACGAUAGUCAGCCCUUGCCUGAACUAGAAAUAAUAUCACAAAAGAGAACUACGGAGGUUACUGAUAAAAUUCCUGACGAAGAAUUAGUUGAACAGAAAGGAUUACGCGAAGAAACUACAGUACAAACAUCUAUUGUACAGAAAACUAUAGGUAGACGGGUUAAAUCUAAGGAUGUUGCUCCUCGGUUCACUAAACGCGUUGAACCUGUUGUUGCAGAAGAAGGAGAACCCACGAGGUUGGUGGGCAAAAUUGAAGGUACUCCUUUCCCAGAAAUAACCUGGUACAAAAACGACGAAGUAUUUAACACUACAGAACGCGUCACAGUUACGGUACUGGAAGACACGGUCACGUUAGAGUUUUCGAAAGUUGAACCGCAAGAUGUCGCUGUGUACUCGUGCAGAGCCAGUAAUCCUGCAGGAGUGGCAACGUCGACUGCAAAUCUCGUUAUUUUAGAAAAAGAAGAAUCAGGUAUAGCUCCUCACUUUACGAAACCUCUUAAACCACAAAUCGUGGAAGAAACCAACAAGGCACUCCUCCAAGCUACGGUACUAGGUCAACCAAGACCAAUCGUCAAAUGGUUUAAAGAAGAACAGGAAGUUACAUCUCAGCCAGGAAAAAUAAUAACCUACAAUCCCGAAACUGGCGUCACUACGCUAGAAAUAUUAGAACCGACACCUGAAGAUGAGAAAAUCUAUCGAAUAGUGGCUGAGAAUAAGUUUGGAACAGCUCAGUGCAGAGCUAAUCUUAUAGUUUCCAAAGCUGUAGAAGUUACCCAACCAGUCGUGAUGCACGCACCCAAAAUUAUUAAGCCUGUUAAAGCUGUGGUCGCUAAACCAUCAGACGAAGUUGUGCUCGAAGCUGAAAUUGAAGGACUUCCUAAGCCUAAUAUUAAAUGGUUUAGAAACGGUAAACAAGUAAAACCUGAUGAUAAGUAUGACAUAAUCGAAGAAGAUACUACUACCAAACUUGUUAUAAAGAAAUCCGUACCAAAGAGACAAAAAGCUGGUAAAUAUGAAGUACGAGCUGUCAAUCCUGCAGGUGAAGCAAAAUCUACUAGCACUGUUGUUAUAACAGAAGAAGUAAGUGAAACUAAAGCUCCAAGAUGGAUUCAACCAAUUAAACCACAGAUAGUUGAAGAAGGGGAAGUGGUGAUUAUGGAAGCUGUCGUAGAAGCCUAUCCUACAGCCUCAUUCCAGUGGUACAUUAAAGAACUACCGGUAGUCUCAAGUCCCGAUAUUAGAAUCAUCACAACAGAUAAUAAAUCAACCCUAUUAAUCAGCGAAGUCACUCCGGAGUUUGCUGGACCGAUUACAUGUCGUGCUGAAAAUGUUGCUGGAUCAGUCACACAUACUGCCAGUCUUAAUGUGGUAAAGGAGACCCCUUGGGAGGAUACUCAAGAACUAGUUUAUCCACGAUUUGUCAAACCCAUUUCGCCUGUGAGUGUCAUGGAUGGUGAAAAAGUAUCAUUCAGUUGUGUUGUUGUCGGUAAACCGACGCCAAAGGUACAGUGGUACCACAAUGAGCAACCUAUUAAAGAAGCAAAGGAUGUGGUUAUAUCACAGGAUACUGAAGGAGUAUGUACUUUGGCUAUUUCAGAAGUAUUCCCGGAAAAUGCUGGAGUAUAUACUUGCAGAGCUGUUAAUAAGAUUGGUGAAGCGGUUUGCAAGACAUCUUUAAUCGUUGAGGCCUACGAAUACGUACCUGACUCAGAAUUGGGUCAUAUCACUGGAUCAGAAGAAGAACUGCUUGAUGACAAGACGAUAAGCGAAGGUGGCAUUUUGUCAGACGAAGAAGAAUUUGCGCCAAGAAUUAUAACCAAACUUCCCGAGGUGGUCACAACUAAAGAUGGCAGUGUUACAAGAUUGGAAGCCAAAGCCAUAGGCAAGCCAAAACCCGAAGCAAAAUGGCUUAAGCAAGGUGAAGAAGUGAUUCCAUCCAAUGAAUACAUAAUAGAGAAUUUCGAAGACGGUACUUCUGUUCUAACUCUACCUGAAACAUAUCCUGAUGAUGUUGGAGAGAUAGUGUAUGAGGCACAAAACCCAUUAGGAAUAGCUACUACUGUAACGCAUUUAUUAGUAGAAACAGUAGAAGGAAUAAUUGGCACAAAACACUACCGCAAACCCGAGUGCGUUACUCACAUGGAAGAACUAUCCACAGCGCUCAAAGCUGUAAGAGCUGUACCUAUUUUUGUCAAAGAAAUCACGGACAUUCGGACAACAGAAGCUGAAACCAUUGUUUUUGAAUGUCUGUUCUCAGGAACCCCAACACCAGAUAUUAUCUGGUACCACGACAACAAAAUUGUACGUAACACCAAGAACGUGAAGAUCCGCAUAGAAGACAACAGAACAACAUGCACAAUCACCGAUGUCAACAAGGAACACGUCGGUCUUUACGUGUGCAAAGCCGUGAGCGAUGUCGGCGAAGCAACAACCAAAGCCAACCUCUUCAUUCAAGAAAUACCCGAAGAGAAGAAACAAGAAAUUCGCGUCAAGCGAGCCAAAGAGGAAGAAGAAAAAGUGAAGAAAGAGAAAGUAACAAUAGAAAAGAAACGCGAUGUGAGAAAGAAGCAACGUGCUGCUCCGGUAACAGAAGAAGAAACCAAACCUUUGGAUAUUACUGAAGUACAACCCAUAGAAGCAACUGAAGAUAUUACAGUACCUGAAGUUGAAGAAGUUAAAGCCACACCGAUCCUGGAUAUUGUAGAACCACUAAAAACUGAAGCUAUAGCUUCUUGCAAGAAAAUUGACGAGAAAGAAACUGAUACACCAGUUGAAAAAGUCACAGAAAAGCUUUCUCCUACAGAACCUCUUACUAUUGACCAAAUUCUAGCCGAAGAAAUUAUAAAAGACAUCGAAAAAAUACUACCCAAGACCGCCAAAGCCAAACCCACUACUCAAGAAGGCGUCCAAGAAACAGUGGACAUAACUGAAGUCAAGCUUGAACAAAUUAUUGAAAGAUGCGAGAAGAUUAUAAGAAAAAGCGAACUCAAAAUGGCCAAAGAAGUUACUUCAAUGCUCGAACUUAUCCAUUCAAAAGAGUUUGGACCGGGUCAAAGUCCACUACGCGAAAUAGCCGAAAUCGUCUACCUACUCAAAAACGGAAUAACAGUCAAAGAAGUAACUGUUUUAUAUGAUGAAGACAAAUAUCCUUCACUCAAAACUCCGGAAUCUCAGUCAGCUAUGGUUAAUGUUGUAGAACGUAAAGGUCAUGGAGCUUUGAUAACAGAAGUUCUGACAGAAGAAUCAAUUGAUGAAACUAAGCUUGCUGCUACCGUUGGAUUUAGGGCAUUUAUGAAGAUGGUUGAAGCUAACUACGUGACCAUUGAAGAGAUUCUCAGUAACUUUACACCUGAAGAUUUUAUGUCCAGGGCAUGGGAAGCCACUGAAGUAACAGAAAUUCCCACCAAAUCAGUUAUGGAAAGAGUAACUGUCACCGAAACACAAGAAGUGCACGAAGAUACCACGAAAAUUAUUAAGAGAAAGAUUAAAAGAAAGGGAGAAAAAGAAGAAUCUCUCGAAGUGGAAGAAUUAGUCGAGCGCACUACGAGAGGUGACAAACCGACACAACCUAAGAAACACUCCGUGGAAAUCACCGAGAUUAUCGAGUUACCUGAGGUUCACAAAAAACGCGACGUCGAGAUUGAGCUCGAAGAAGAAAUUGACGAGGUUAGAACGAUUAAAAAGAAAAUUAAAGCGCGUAGACCGAAAUCGGAAGAGUAUUCUUUCGAAGAAGAAGACUACAAACCUUUAGAACUUAGUCAUGUCCCUGCAAUAUCUGAAUUACCCCUCAAUACAUCAAACAUAGUGUCUCAAGUGGUUCAUUCCGAUAAAAUAACUUGCAUUGAUAAAGAUAUCGAUCAAGGUAAAGCACAAAUUGAUAUUAUUCCCUUAACCGUUAGUUCACAAGAACAGCCUCUGACAGAAGAAAAAGAAGGACCCCAAGAAGAACACAUUCCAGCAGUUGUAUCAGCCCAGAAAACCAUUGACGAACUCAAAGCACUGGAAGUGGCAGAGGUAACUACAGAAGCUAUUCCAGGAAAGUUUGAUGACAGUUUUAAACCAACAACGUACAACGCAUCCAAAUCAUUACAAGAAAACGAAAGUUUAUCUGUUGAACAAAUUCAGCCCAACGAUACACCAUUAACCCUCGAGAUACAAGCACCCUCAGAAGGGAAAGCGAUAAUAGAUUUCAUUCCACAAAGCUCUAAAAAUAUUUCUGAAGUGCAGGUUUCUCAGAAAGAGCAAGAACUGAAGCCUCUGGAAUACAAGACCAAAAAACCUUUAGAACUAGGAGUUCCCGAACAAGUUUUCGAAGCAAGUCCCGUUCAUCAAGUAGCCUAUAUCAAUGAGGAAGUUGCUGAAGGUAAAGCUGACGUACAGGUUUUAACUCUAAGUGCUGUAUCUGGUGAGGAAACUAGAGUUGAGGAGAAAGAAGAACGCCACAAAGAAUUCGCAACAGUAACAUCGCAGGCUACAAAAACUGUAGAUUCUUUCGAGGCUUUUAUGAUUAGCGAACAAAAUGUACAAAACCAGACUGGUAUAUACGACGAAACCUUUAAACCUGCAUCAUUCACAGCAACACCAGAUUUUAUAUCAACUGAAAGUAUUACUAUUCAAGAAAUUAAUCUUGCUGAUGUUCCGUCUAUUUUAAAAGAAGAAGACACAGUUGAAAGUAAUGCCUUUGUCUCUUUAUUACCACAAGAGUCUGCUAGCGUUUAUCAGCCUGAAACCGCUGAUAAAGAAUCACCUCUAGACGAAUUUAAAGCUCCCAAAACAGCAGAGGCGUCAAAGAGUUUUACUUUGAAAGAAAGUUUGUUAAUUGAAGAAGUGCAACAGGGUAUGUCUGAAGAUAAAAUGGAUAUCACGAAACCUGUUGGUGUGAAACCUCGAAUAAAUGUAGAUACUCAAGAAGGGUUAAUUAUUGAAGAAGUACACGCUGGAGAUAAACCUGGCAAAUACUUCCCUCAAGCAUUUGUAGCUACCGAAAUAGCUACCAAAAACGUUAUAACUCAAAAGUCCAUUAUACAGGAUCAAAUAGUUGCACCAGAAACCGAAGGUGAAUAUGUUUCAGAUAAGCUACCUCCGUCACAAAAAGCCGACUUUAAGGUAGCUACCGAUGAGGGCGUACAAGUUUCAGAAAUUCAAACACAAGAUAAAGAAGAACAUUUUACUGAAUCAGAUAUACCGGAAUCUGUGAAUGCAAGUGAGGACUUGCUUGUUUCUGAAAGUAUCAUUGUAAGUGUCACUGAUAGUCAAGCACCUCAAAGAGAACUAAAAUAUGAAGAACCAGAUAAAUUUACUGCUAACGUCGAUUUACUACCUAAAGAAUCUAUUCAAACAGAGACAGUUUUAGUAUCGGAAUCUGAAAAAGUCUAUGAAAAAGAAGAAGUUGGCAGUAAACUGGCUUCAAGUGAAUUUACACCUAUCGAGGUUAGUGGUCAAUCAUUUGUAACAGUUCAGGAAUCCGAAAGCGAUUUUGUACCAUCGGAUAAACAAACCAAAGUUAUAGCGAUAUCUAACGUUUUUCCUCACGAAUCCAUUGUCAUCGAAGAAGUCAAAACCGGUGAUACUACUGAAAAGUAUACAGAAAAUCUUAAAUAUGUUACCGAUAUUGCAAACAGAGAUAUUGAAACUACCCAAGCAAAAAAUAUUACUGAAACUUUUGCUGGUGAAAGUGAAGUUUCAUAUGAAGAGAUCCAACCGGACCAAGUUAAUAUUGACACCAGUUUAACUAGAACACACGAGCAACUUAUCAUAAGUCAGUCAUCUUUGAUGGAAAGUGAAAAUGUUCUUAAAGACUUUGAGCAACCUGACUCGCACAAAGGAAAGGCUACUACGUCUCAUAUGCUACCAACAGGAACCACAGAGCAAGUAACAGCUCAGCACAAAGCUGAAGAUUUAAAACAUAUAACACCGGAAGAAGGUACAGCAGAUAUCGAACAGAGUACGUUAGUUGAGACUGUAGUAUCUGAAACUAUCUUAGGAGAGGGCUGGACAGAAGCUGACAUUGAGAAACCUACAGAAAAGGUUGUUGUCACUGAUAUUUUACCCCAAGAAGCAAUUAACGUAUCUGAAGUACUGACAGAUGAUAAAGAAGGACCGCAUGUACCAUUUGAACUGCCUCAUGGUCAGCAAGCUUUGCUUGACAUAGACGUAUCUCAUGUAGCUAGUCAGUCAAUGGUCCAACCUAAUUUCUCUACUGAAUCUUUAACUCUUGAAACUACAUUACAGGUACAGGCUAAUACUGAACAAGAAGCCUUGGUACCUUUAAUAUUAACUGAACAUGAAACAGCAGAAAAAGAGUCCGAACAUAUCGAACAAAAACCAGAAGAAAAAACAGUUGCUGUACAUUUCAUAGAAGGAUUAAGCGGUCCUAAUGUUACCCAAAUUGUUAUAAACGAAAAAGAAAGCCAGUAUGUUGAAGAUGUUAAACCCACAGAAGGUUUUGCUGAAUCACGUAUUACCACUCAAGAAGUUAUUGUUAAAUCUGUAAUAGAAACUGUGGUUCAUGCCGAUGAUAUAGUCAAAGAUGAACUAGUAACAGGAAAAGCUAAGAAAUAUGCUAAACCCUUUACAGAGUUGAUUGUAACUGAAACUAACGUAACUGAUGUUGAAAAAGAUUUACCAGUGGAUAUACAUCCGUAUUCAAAGAAUGCCGAUGUUGAUAUCUUACCCGAAGUAUCAUUAAAUAUUACUGAGACAGUAACUGAUGAUAAAGAAGGAAAAUUGGAUAUUCCUGAAUUAAGUACUUCCAGUGCAAAUAUUAAUGUCACGGAGCAACAAGUUGCUGUUACAGAAGAGACAUCUGUAAAUACACAGCCUGGAGACUUUAAAAGAGAAUCGCCCGAAAAACAGUUGGCUACAUCUCAACCAACAAUCUCUCAUUCUCUUAUUCAAACUGAAUUCACAGUUGGCGAAAAGGAAGCUCAUAGUCCCGAUGUUAUUAAACCUGACUCAAAACAAGCUGAAGCAACGUUUACUAACUUUGAAGGUAUAAUUAUCACUGAAACAACGACGGAUGAUAAAGAAGACGAAUUACCUAAAAAAGAGCUACCUGAAUUAGUCCAAAGCAAGUCAGCUAUUUCUUCACAUAUAUUACCUAUAAGUGAACAAAUUCAACCGGAAGAUUCAGUGGCUAAAUUCGAAGAACAAGAGUUUAGAACGGAAAAGGGCAAGCUUGAUUUAGUACCUCUUGAUAGCUUAAUCACUACCGAGUCUGUAUUAACCGAACAAGAGUCUAAAUUUGAAAAACAACCAAUAGAAGAAAGAAACGCGCUUCCUGAAUUUCAGGAAGCUGAAAGUAUUUCAGUAACUUCAGUAACGGCAGGUUUAAAAGAAGCAGAUUUUCUUAAAGAGGAAAUGAGCUAUAACAAAGCCGAAAAUGUUAUGCUGCCACAAGAAAACAUCGAAACCAAAGUAGUUAUAGUUCAAGAUUCGUUUAUUAACCUUGAACAAGAUGUACCUAUAGAAUAUAAUGCAAUAUCAGCUCAAUCAGAAUUCCAAAGUCUGGUGACUCUUGAAGCGAUUGUUGGCGAAAGUGAAGAUGUUUUAGAAAAAGAUCUUAAACCCUUGCAACAGAAUGCCGAUGUUGACGUUGAAGAAGCUACAGCUGCUCAAGUAAUAGAAACACAAGUUUCGGAAAAGGAAGGACCUCAAGCUGAUAGUGAAGUCGAAAAGAAAACUGCUGUAAUGUCAUUGGAGGUGCAACCGGUGGCUGAAACUUCAGAAAUUACUUCGCAAGACACAAUUAAAGACGUUGUUGAAAUUAAACCCGACACUAUGCAAGCAAAUGUAGAACAAACUACCUUACAGAGUUUAGUUCAAACAGAGACACUGGUACAAGAAGGAGAACAAUACUUUAAUCAACCAGACACAGAUAGCAAAGUAGCUGAUAUUGGUUUUAAACCAGAAGAAGGUAUUUCUAUUACUGAGGUAAUAACAAACGAAGCCGAAUCAAUAUAUAAUUCUCAAGAAAAACCAGAAGGAAAACAGGCGGAAGUUGAUAUACAUGCGCAUCCUAUUUCUUCCCAGACGACAGUCACAGUUAACGAAAAUUUUGAAGAAUUACCUACGGAAAAAACAGUAUCUUAUUCUGCCGAGACUGAUAUUGUGGGAUUAAAUAUAGCUAUCAAUGAGGAAACUCUAGUAGGAGAAACAGAGAUGGAACGUCCUGAAUUACAGAAGCCUGAAGAACAUCAAGUAAAUGUCUCAUUAGAUUUUGACAAAAGUCUUAUGAUUAGUUCAGUUAUUGCUCAAGAUCUAGAAAUUGAUUUGGAAACCGAAAAACCAACAGAGACUCUAGCUAGUGUAUCACUCACAGACACAAAGACCAUUGCCUCGCAAUCAGAGGUAGUUUCAAACGAAAAUACUCAGGACUUUACUAAAGAAGAUAGGACUGCAGGUACAGCUAAUAUUUCAAAUAUACCUUUUGAUGUAGUUACACAACUCCAGCAAACUGUUAUUGAUAAAGAAUCUGAAAUGGAAGAAAUGAAAAAACCAACUUCUACUAUUGCAUCGUUAGUUUAUCAAGAAACAGAAGGAUUAUCGGCUGAAGAGGUAGUACUAGCGCAAAAAGAAAAAGGUUUAGACGAAUUUAAAUUACCAGAAGAAAGACGUGCUGAUACAAAAAUAAGUAUUAUUGGUAAAGUAGCUGAAUUGAAUCCUGUCGAUAUAUCAGAAAAUCCUGACUUUCUUUCGAUCACCAAGCCUGAACUAUAUAAAGCUACACCAGCAGAGGAGGUUCUAAACAGUAUAUUAGUUACCGAAAAUUAUUCCGAAGAAAAGGAAGAUUUGUUUGAAGGGAAAUUUAUACCUGAAACCACUAAAGGAGAAGUUUCAGUAGAGGCAUUUAAAAAGAUUGUUUCUGUGUCCGAGUUAAUUCCGGAAGACAAAGAGGGUACUAUGAAUAAACUUCAAAUUCCAGACGAGCAAGCAGCUAACGUAGCUAUCGAUACUAUUACUAUUCCCGAGGUAAUAGAAACAGUCACUAUUGACACCUUAGUAAAUAGUUCUUUAGAAAAACCAACACCGAUGAUUGCUAAUAUCGAACAAACUGAACUGCAACAACUUACCCAGCAAAUCCCUCAAGUACAUGAAAGUGAAAGUACGUUUGACGAAAGUAUUCCGUUAAACAAAAAGAUAGCAUCCCUGGAAUUUGAAGAAGAGCGUACCAUAGAAAGUAGUGAGGUUGUAACAGCUGAACGUGAAUCUAAUUUAGAUCUAGAACAAAAACCAGACACUAACGUAGCCGAAAUAUCACUAAACGCAAACAUAACGGCACAGUCAUUUGAAGUUAUAACUUCGGAUAAUACUGAUACUUACACAAUAGAAACAUUUAGGCAGGAAACUGCUUUUCCUGAUCACACAAUAUUAGAGAGCAUACACGAAAGCCAACCUACUGUACUGGAGACAUCAAAAGAUUUUAUCGAUGUAGCACCUGAUACUAGAACCGCCGAUACAAAAAUUGACAGCGUAGUUGGUCUAAAUGUAUCGGAAAUUAUUACGCAAGACUCUCCAGAAGACUUUGUUGAAAAGAAACAAAAAACCGAGACAGCAUCUUACGAAUUUGAUGCGAUCAAAGCUUUAGAGCAAUCUGAAGUUCUAGCCCAUCAUUCCCUAGCUGAUUUUAAAGAAGAUACAAAAGUCCCGUCACUAGUUAACAUAAUUCAGGAUACUCUAGAAAGUAUAACACAAACCGAAAAAAUUGUACAAGAAUCCGAAAAAGGUUUAGAACAAUCAAAACCUGAAGAAAAAACGGCUUUCGUUAAUUUUGACGAAAUUUUAUCAGUUCAAACGAUAGAAACAUCAGUUCAGGAAAAAGAAAAACCAUACAUUCCCGGAAAAAUUGAAGGAGAACAAUCUGUCUUGUCAAUUUUACCAACACAUUCUAUACAACAGUCCGAAACCCAAGCCAACGAGACAUUCAGUAAUCUAGAUGUUGAAGUGCCAAUAGAAUCAAGUGCAGUUCCAUUGCGCGAUACAGUGAUCGGUUUAACAGUCAGUUCUCAGGAAACUGGAGAAAAAGAAACUGAAUUUAGCCCAGAUAAGGUCGACACGAGAACAGCUGAUGCUAUUAUCGAUGAGCAAACUGCUAUAAAAGUUAGCGAAACUAUAACAACAGAGCAGGAAACGGAAUUUGAUAAGUUUAAACCUAAGGAAAGUCAAGCUGAUGAUGUAAUAAUUCCUCGAGAUGCUACUCAAAUAUCAGAAGUAAAAACUGAAGAAUAUCUUACGGAUUUGGAUGUCUCCAAAGCUGAAUCAAGUCAGGCUUACGAAGAAAACAUACCUUUUACAAGUGUAAAUGUUUCUGAAAACGUACUAGUAGAAAAAGAAGCUGAUUAUGUUGGAAAGAUAUUACCAGAGAAAGGAUUAGCUGCAGUAGAUUUAGAAAAAGCCAUUGAAGCAGUUAGCAUAACCGAGAUAUUAACCAGCCAGAAUGAAGAUGAAUUACCUUUAGACAAACCAGUGUCCAGUACUGCCAUUCCGACUAUAACACAAUUCAACGUAGCCGAGGGAGAAACUACAAAACCGUACGAAUCAUUAGGUGACUUUUCAGGUAAGCAUACAGUUCCAGAAUCUCAGGCGGAUAUUAAUUUAGAAGACGUAGGCAAGGUGGCGACUGUAACCGAAACGCUUACUAGCCAAUUAGAAGAUACGUUAAAAUUAAGCGCUCCUCAAGAAGACACAGCCAGUACUGAUAUUACCGCAUUUAAAAAUAUUUUAGAAGAAGAGGUUAAAGUUUACGAAUCAGUUGAAGAUGUUCCCGAAUCAAAAGUCCCUAAAUCUACACGAGCUGAUGUCAACCUAGAAGAAUUCGGAAAGGCCGCGAGCAUAACAGAAAUUUUAACUAGUCAGAUUGAAUCAGAGCUCACGGAACAAACUCCAUCAAGUGAAACUGCUAAAUCUACCGUAAUAGAGCAAAUUACUGUUGAAGAAACCGAAGCCAAAGUAUACGACAGUUUGGGUGAACGUUUAAAAGAUCAAAUCCCUGAAAGUUUUACUCCAGAUAUUUCGUUAGAAGGAGGCAACAGAGCUGCCAAUAUUACUGAAUUAUUUAUCCAUCAACUUGAAGCAAGUCUGGAAACUGAUACUCCUAAAGAAGGUACUGCCACUGUGGAGAUUAGCCCUCAGUUAGCAGUAGAAAAACAGCAAGUUAAGCCUUUAGAAAGUUUGGGUGACGUUUUGAAAGUUAAAAUUCCUCAGGAUGCUAAGGCGGAUAUAGAUAUCGAAGAAGCUGAUAAGAUUGCCAGCACUUCAGAAACAUUAAUCAAUCAGAAAGAGGCAGAACUACUAUACCAGCAACCUAAAGAAGACACUGUUACGCAGAGCUUCACCGAACAUAAGUUUAUUGAAGAACAAGACGUGAAAGUGUAUGAAUCUCUUGGGAAAAUAUCUGAUAGUGCUGUAUCUGUUACUGGUGCAGCGGAUGUAACAUUGGAAGAGGCUCAGAAAGCUGCAAGCAUUACAGAAGUUUUAACUACUUUAACUGAAAAUGAACUAAAGUCCGAAAUACCCAAAGAAGAUUCGGCUGAAACUUCAAUAUUAGAACAGCAGGUAAUCCAAGAGCAGGAUGUUAAAGUGUAUGAAAGUUUAGGCACUUUAACUAAAGAUAAAGUUCCAAUAUCUACACAGGCGGAUAUCAAUCUAGAAGAAGCUCCAAAAGUUCCAAGUAUUACAGAAAUCCUGACCAACCAAUUAGAAUCUGAUCUUUCAACGGAAAAACCUACUUCAGACUCAGCAGUCCCUUCAGUAAUCCCUUAUAAAGUUUUAGAAGAACAAGACGUUAAGGCCUACGAUACUCUAGAACAAAUAACAGAUAAAGUUCCUGCAACUUUCAGUGCUAAACCAAGCCUUGAAGAUGCAAAUAUAACUGCCCUAAGUUCGGAACUUGUUGUUGAUGAAAAAGAAGCGGAUCUGAAGACAGAAGAUGUUACAGAAGAUACAGCGUUAUUGUCUCUAGAUGAGCAUAAAAUGUUAGAAGGUACCGAUACUAAUAUAUAUGAAAGUUUAGGGAAAAAUAUUAAAGAUGUGGCUCUCACAACUUCGAAAGCUGAGAUAAGUCUAUCGAAGUUGGGGAAAACAGCAAGUAUUACAGAGACAGAAAUAACCGAGAAGGAGGGUGUUCUUGAAACUGAAAAGCCACUACAGAAUACAGCAACGCAGUUGUUGUCAGAACAUACACCUUUACAAGAAGGAGUUGUAAAGACUUGUGAUACUGUUCAGGACAUAUCAGAUCAAAAACCACUUGACACGCAGAAAGCAACUGUCCAAAAAGAUACUUUUGAGAGUAUAACCGAAACUACCGUUAAUAUACAAGGUUUAACUAAAGUUUUAGAUAUUUCCGAAACAGACACAAAAUCAGCAAUUCUUAAGAUAACUACGAAGGAAGGCAUAUUAGUGACUGAAGUCCUAACUCAGGCAGAAGUAAGUGAAAAAGCUAUCAGCGGCGUUGCUACAGAAAAAUCGGUUAAAACCGAAAUUGAACACAAGCCAGUUGUAUGCAAUGAAGAAAUCCAACCAUUAGACACGGUCGAUAUAAUUCAGCCUGACAAAACAAAAACUUCGAAAGCUCAAAGCGAAUAUUCUCACACAAAACAAAGUAUCAUUGUAACCGAACAAAGAACCUCAGGUAAUGUUGAACCCCUCGACCUUGAAACCCCCAAUAAAAAGAAGACUAAAAUGGCAUUAGAAGACUCUCGGAAACCCAGCUUGCAGAUUAGCGAAGUGCAGCUGCAUGAACAUACAGGACCAUUGGAUGACACCACACCACAAAAAACACACGCUAUCUUCACUCAAAUCCCAUCAACCACAGAAACGGCAGACGAACACACACCAACUGUCAGGAAACUGUCAGAUGCAGAAGAAACACACGAAUAUAUUACAAGGUUUAAAUCGAUACCCGAUACAACAGAAACCGCACAAACUGUUACUAAACGCACAAUAGUUAAGAAAAAACACAGAAGGAAGGGCGAGGGUGAUAUGGUCAUAGAAGAAGUUAUUUCCGAGAGUAUACCGGAAGUUACUGAAAAAACAGGACUGGUCAUUGAAGAAAUUACAGACACCGAAACAUUAACAGAUAGAGAACAACCAGAAUAUUUAAUAGAUGAAAUAGAUGAAGUUAAAACUCCAGUUUUAUAUACAUUGGAAGAAUUACCAGAGGAAGUGCAAGAGACUACGGUUAUUGAAGAAGGUGUUCCUAAAAAGAGACUGGUUAAGAAACGUAUUAUUAAGAAGAAAAAAGGCGACAAACAGGAAACUACUGAAAUAGUAACGGUAAACCAGGAAGGCAAAGAUACCGAAACGACUGUAACGGUGAAAGAAGAAGGGCCUGAAGAACCAGAAUACAUCGUGGAAGAAUUACCAGAACAAAUACAGGAAACUACUGUAAUAGAAGAAGGCGUUUCUAGAAAGAAAGCUAUUAAGAAACGCGUUAUCAAGAAAAAGAAAGAUGGUAAACAAGAAACUACUGAAAUUGUAACAAUAUACCAAGAAGGCAAAAACCCAGAGACUAUAGUUACUGUCAAAGAGGAAGCUCCUAAAGAACCUGAAUACAUUGUAGAGGAAUUGCCGGAACAAGUACAGGAAACUACAGUAAUUGAAGAGGGCGUUCCUAGAAAGAAAGUUAUUAAGAAACGUGUAAUUAAGAAAAAGAAAGAUGGUAAACAAGAAACAACUGAAAUUGUAACAAUAGACCAAGAAGGUAAAAAGCCAGAGACUACAGUUACUGUCAAAGAGGAAGCUCCUGAAGAACCUGAAUACAUUGUAGAGGAAUUACCGGAACAAGUACAGGAAACUACAAUAAUUGAAGAGGGCGUUCCUAGAAAGAAAGUUAUUAAGAAACGUGUAAUUAAGAAAAAGAAAGAUGGUAAACAAGAAACAACUGAAAUUGUAACAGUAGACCAAGAAGGCAAACAACCUGAAACUACAGUAACUAUCAAAGAAGAAGCUCCUGAAGAACCUGAAUACACUGUAGAAGAAUUACCGGAACAAGUACAGGAAACUACAGUAAUUGAAGAAGGUGUUCCUAGAAAAAAAGUUAUUAAGAAACGUGUAAUUAAGAAAAAGAAAGAUGGUAAACAAGAAACAACUGAAAUUGUAACAGUAGACCAAGAAGGCAAACAACCUGAAACUACAGUAACUAUCAAAGAAGAAGCUCCUGAAGAACCUGAAUACAUUGUAGAGGAAUUGCCGGAACAAGUACAGGAAACUACAGUAAUUGAAGAGGGCGUUCCUAGAAAGAAAGUUAUUAAGAAACGUGUAAUUAAGAAAAAGAAAGAUGGUAAACAAGAAACAACUGAAAUUGUAACAAUAGACCAAGAAGGUAAAAGGCCAGAGACUACAGUUACUGUCAAAGAGGAAGCUCCUGAAGAACCUGAAUACAUUGUAGAGGAAUUACCGGAACAAGUACAGGAAACUACAAUAAUUGAAGAGGGCGUUCCUAGAAAGAAAGUUAUUAAGAAACGUGUAAUUAAGAAAAAGAAAGAUGGUAAACAAGAAACAACUGAAAUUGUAACAGUAGACCAAGAAGGCAAACAACCUGAAACUACAGUAACUAUCAAAGAAGAAGCUCCUGAAGAACCUGAAUACACUGUAGAAGAAUUACCGGAACAAGUACAGGAAACUACAAUAAUUGAAGAGGGCGUUCCUAGAAAGAAAGUUAUUAAGAAACGUGUAAUUAAGAAAAAGAAAGAUGGCAAACAAGAAACUACUGAAAUUGUAACAAUAGACCAAGAGGGUAAAAAGCCAGAGACUACAGUUACUGUCAAAGAGGAGGCUCCUGAAGAACCUGAAUACAUUGUAGAGGAAUUACCGGAACAAGUACAGGAAACUACAAUAAUUGAAGAGGGCGUUCCUAGAAAGAAAGUUAUUAAGAAACGUGUAAUUAAGAAAAAGAAAGAUGGUAAACAAGAAACAACUGAAAUUGUAACAGUAGACCAAGAAGGCAAACAACCUGAAACUACAGUAACUAUCAAAGAAGAAGCUCCUGAAGAACCUGAAUACAUUGUAGAGGAAUUGCCGGAACAAGUACAGGAAACUACAGUAAUUGAAGAGGGCGUUCCUAGAAAGAAAGUUAUUAAGAAACGUGUAAUUAAGAAAAAGAAAGAUGGUAAACAAGAAACAACUGAAAUUGUAACAAUAGACCAAGAAGGUAAAAGGCCAGAGACUACAGUUACUGUCAAAGAGGAAGCUCCUGAAGAACCUGAAUACAUUGUAGAGGAAUUACCGGAACAAGUACAGGAAACUACAAUAAUUGAAGAGGGCGUUCCUAGAAAGAAAGUUAUUAAGAAACGUGUAAUUAAGAAAAAGAAAGAUGGUAAACAAGAAACAACUGAAAUUGUAACAGUAGACCAAGAAGGCAAACAACCUGAAACUACAGUAACUAUCAAAGAAGAAGCUCCUGAAGAACCUGAAUACACUGUAGAAGAAUUACCGGAACAAGUACAGGAAACUACAAUAAUUGAAGAGGGCGUUCCUAGAAAGAAAGUUAUUAAGAAACGUGUAAUUAAGAAAAAGAAAGAUGGCAAACAAGAAACUACUGAAAUUGUAACAAUAGACCAAGAGGGUAAAAAGCCAGAGACUACAGUUACUGUCAAAGAGGAAGCCCCUGAAGAACCUGAAUACACUGUAGAAGAAUUACCUGAACAAGUACAGGAAACUACAGUAAUUGAAGAAGGCGUUCCUAGAAAGAAAGUUAUUAAGAAACGUGUAAUUAAGAAAAAGAAAGAUGGUAAACAAGAAACAACUGAAAUUGUAACAAUAGACCAAGAAGGUAAAAAGCCAGAGACUAUAGUUACUGUUAAAGAGGAAGCUCCUGAAGAACCUGAAUACAUUUUAGAGGAAUUACCGGAACAAGUACAGGAAACUACAGUAAUUGAAGAGGGCGUUCCUAGAAAGAAAGUUAUUAAGAAACGUGUAAUUAAGAAAAAGAAAGAUGGUAAACAAGAAACAACUGAAAUUGUAACAAUAGACCAAGAAGGUAAAAUGCCAGAGACUACAGUUACUGUCAAAGAGGAAGCUCCUGAAGAGCCUGAAUACAUUGUAGAGGAAUUACCGGAACAAGUACAGGAAACUACAGUAAUUGAAGAAGGCGUUCCUAGAAAGAAAGUUAUUAAGAAACGUGUAAUUAAGAAAAAGAAAGAUGGUAAACAAGAAACAACUGAAAUUGUAACAAUAGACCAAGAAGGUAAAAUGCCAGAGACUACAGUUACUGUCAAAGAGGAAGCUCCUGAAGAGCCUGAAUACAUUGUAGAGGAAUUACCGGAACAAGUACAGGAAAUUACAAUAAUUGAAGAAGGCGUUCCUAGAAAGAAAGUUAUUAAGAAACGUGUAAUUAAGAAAAAGAAAGAUGGUAAACAAGAAACAACUGAAAUUGUAACAGUAGACCAAGAAGGCAAACAACCUGAAACUACAGUAACUAUCAAAGAAGAAGCUCCUGAAAAACCUGAAUACACUGUAGAAGAAUUACCUGAACAAGUACAGGAAACUACAGUAAUUGAAGAAGGCGUUCCUAGAAAGAAAGUUAUUAAGAAACGUGUAAUUAAGAAAAAGAAAGAUGGCAAACAAGAAACUACUGAAAUUGUAACAAUAGACCAAGAAGGCAAAAAGACAGAGACUACAGUUACUGUCAAAGAGGAAGCUCCCGAAGGACCUGAAUACAUUGUAGAGGAAUUACCAGAACAAGUACAGGAAACUACAGUAAUUGAAGAAGGCGUUCCUAGAAAGAAAGUUAUUAAGAAACGUGUAAUCAAGAAAAAGAAAGAUGGUAAACAAGAAACAACUGAAAUUGUAACAGUAGACCAAGAAGGCAAACAACCUGAAACUACAAUAACUAUCAAAGAAGAAGCUCCUGAAGAACCUGAAUACACUGUAGAGGAAUUACCUGAACAAGUACAGGAAACUACAAUAAUUGAAGAAGGAGUUCCUAGAAAGAAAGUUAUUAAGAAACGUGUAAUCAAGAAAAAGAAAGAUGGUAAACAAGAAACUACUGAAAUUGUAACAAUAGACCAAGAAGGCAAAAAGCCAGAGACUACAGUUACUGUUAAAGAGGAAGCUCCUGAAGAACCUGAAUACAUUGUAGAGGAAUUACCGGAACAAGUAGAGGAAACUACCGUAAUUGAAGAAGGCGUUCCUAGAAAGAAAGUUAUUAAGAAACGUGUAAUCAAGAAAAAGAAAGAUGGUAAACAAGAAACUACUGAAAUUGUAACAAUAGAUCAAGAAGGCAAAAAGCCAGAGACUACAGUUACUGUCAAAGAGGAAGCUCCUGAAGAAGCUGAAUACAUUGUAGAGGAAUUACCGGAACAAGUACAGGAAACUACCGUAAUUGAAGAAGGCGUUCCUAGAAAGAAAGUUAUUAAGAAACGUGUAAUCAAGAAAAAGAAAGAUGGCAAACAAGAAACAACUGAAAUUGUAACAGUAGACCAAGAAGGCAAACAACCUGAAACUACAAUAACUAUCAAAGAAAAAGCUCCUGAAGAACCUGAAUACACUGUAGAGGAAUUACCUGAACAAGUACAGGAAACUACUAUAAUUGAAGAAGGAGUUCCUAGAAAGAAAGUUAUUAAGAAACGUGUAAUCAAGAAAAAGAAAGAUGGUAAACAAGAAACUACUGAAAUUGUAACAAUAGACCAAGAAGGCAAAAAGCCAGAGACUACAGUUACUGUCAAAGAGGAAGCUCCUGAAGAACCUGAAUACUUUGUAGAGGAAUUACCGGAACAAGUACAGGAAACUAUAGAAAUUGAAGAAGGAGUUCCUAGAAAGAAAAUUAUUAAGAAACGUGUAAUAAAGAAAAAGAAAGAUGGUAAACAAGAAACUACUGAAAUUGUAACAAUAGACCAAGAAGGCAAAAAGCCAGAGACUGCAGUUACUGUCAAAGAGGAGGCUCCUGAAGAACCUGAAUACAUUGUAGAGGAAUUACCGGAACAAGUACAGGAAACUAUAGUAAUUGAAGAAGGAGUUCCUAGAAAGAAAAUUAUUAAGAAACGUGUAAUCAAGAAAAAGAAAGAUGGUAAACAAGAAACUACUGAAAUUGUAACAAUAGACCAAGAAGGCAAAAAGCCAGAGACUACAGUUACUGUCAAAGAGGAAGCUCCUGAAGAACCUGAAUACAUUGUAGAGGAAUUGCCGGAACAAGUACAGGAAACUACAGUAAUUGAAGAGGGCGUUCCUAGAAAGAAAGUUAUUAAGAAACGUGUAAUUAAGAAAAAGAAAGAUGGUAAACAAGAAACAACUGAAAUUGUAACAGUAGACCAAGAAGGCAAACAACCUGAAACUACAGUAACUAUCAAAGAAGAAGCUCCUGAAGAACCUGAAUACACUGUAGAAGAAUUACCGGAACAAGUACAGGAAACUACAGUAAUUGAAGAAGGUGUUCCUAGAAAGAAAGUUAUUAAGAAACGUAUAAUCAAGAAAAAGAAAGAUGGCAAACAAGAAACAACUGAAAUUGUAACAGUAGACCAAGAAGGCAAACAACCUGAAACUACAGUAACUAUCAAAGAAGAAGCUCCUGAAGAACCUGAAUACACUGUAGAGGAAUUACCGGAACAAGUACAGGAAACUAUAGUAAUUGAAGAAGGAGUUCCUAGAAAGAAAGUUAUUAAGAAACGUGUAAUCAAGAAAAAGAAAGAUGGUAAACAAGAAACUACUGAAAUUGUAACAAUAGACCAAGAAGGCAAAAAGCCAGAGACUACAGUUACUAUCAAAGAGGAAGCUCCUGAAGAACCUGAAUACAUUGUAGAGGAAUUACCAGAACAAGUACAGGAAACUACCGUAAUUGAAGAAGGCGUUCCUAGAAAGAAAGUUAUUAAGAAACGUAUAAUCAAGAAAAAGAAAGAUGGCAAACAAGAAACAACUGAAAUUGUAACAGUAGACCAAGAAGGCAAACAACCUGAAACUACAGUAACUAUCAAAGAAGAAGCUCCUGAAGAACCUGAAUACACUGUAGAGGAAUUACCUGAACAAGUACAGGAAACUACAAUAAUUGAAGAAGGAGUUCCUAGAAAGAAAGUUAUUAAGAAACGUGUAAUCAAGAAAAAGAAAGAUGGUAAACAAGAAACUACUGAAAUUGUAACAAUAGACCAAGAAGGCAAAAAGCCAGAGACUACAGUUACUAUCAAAGAGGAAGCUCCUGAAGAACCUGAAUACAUUGUAGAGGAAUUACCGGAACAAGUACAGGAAACUACCGUAAUUGAAGAAGGCGUUCCUAGUAAGAAAGUUAUUAAGAAACGUGUAAUCAAGAAAAAGAAAGAUGGUAAACAAGAAACUACUGAAAUUGUAACAAUAGACCAAGAAGGCAAAAAGCCCGAGACUACAGUUACUGUCAAAGAGGAAGCUCCUGAAAAACCUGUAUACAUUGUAGAGGAAUUACCGGAACAAGUACAGGAAACUACAGUAAUUGAAGAAGGCGUUCCUAGAAAGAAAGUUAUUAAGAAACGUGUAAUUAAGAAAAAGAAAGAUGGCAAACAAGAAACUACUGAAAUUGUAACAGUAGACCAAGAAGGCAAACAACCUGAAACUACAGUUACUAUUAGAGAAGAGGCAUCAGAAGAACCUGUGUACACUGUAGAGGAAUUACCCGAAGAAGUACAGGAAACUACAGUAAUUGAAGAAGGUGUUCCCAGAAAGAAAGUUAUUAAGAAACGCGUUAUCAAGAAAAAGAAAGAUGGCAAACAAGAAACAACUGAAAUUGUAACAGUUGACCAAGAAGGCAAACAACCUGAAACUACAGUUACUAUUAGAGAAGAGGCAUCAGAAGAACCUGUGUACACUGUAGAGGAAUUACCCGAACAAGUACAGGAAACUACAGUAAUUGAAGAAGGUGUUCCCAGAAAGAAAGUUAUUAAGAAACGCGUUAUCAAGAUAAAAAAAGAUGGCAAACAAGAAACCACUGAAAUUGUAACAAUAGACCAAGAAGGUAAACAACCUGAAACUACAGUUACUGUUAUUGAAGAAGUACCUGAAGAGCCCGAAUAUAUUGUAGAAGAAUUACCUGAACUACAGGAAACUACAGUUAUUGAAGAAGGCAUUCCUGGAAAGGAAGUUAUUAAGAAACGUGUUAUUAAGAAAAAGAAAGAGCAAGAACAAAAUUUGAUAACACCCGAAGGUUAUUUAUUUGUACCGGCUUUAGCCGAUGAAAAAGUAAAAACUGAAGGCGUUGAAGAAAUGAUUCAGAUUGAACUUAUUAAAAAGGCAAUGACAAAAUUGUUACCAGAAUAUCAACCUGCAGAGGAUAUUCCAGAGUUAGUUAUCGAGGAAUUACCAGAGGAAAUUCUGGAGACAGUAACUGUGGAAGAUGGUGUUCCGAAGAAAAAAGUCACGAAGAAAAGGGUAAUCAAGAAGAAAAAAGGUGAUAAAGUUGAAGUUACACAAAUAAUUACAAAAGAAGAGGAAGGAAAUGUACCUGAGGUAUUGGUAACAGUUGAAGAAGAAACUGUACCAACACCCCUUGAGAGUGUAAUAUUUGAAUUACCCGAACUAACAGAAGAGGACGUUGUCAUCGAACAUGGAGUUCCUAGAAAACAAACAAAGAGAAAACGUAUAAUUAAGAAGCGAAAAGGUAAUAAGGAGGAAACAACAGAAAUAGUGGUGACUGAACAAGAAGGCAAACAACCAGAAACAGUUAUCAGUAUUACUGAAGACGUCAAACCUUUAGAUGUUCUUGAACCCGUUGAAUCAAACAUUAUAGAACUGCCAGAAGAAGUUCGAGAAUAUGUCGAAAUUCAUGAGGGAAUACCUAAAAAGAAAAAAAUCGUUAAGAAAAAAGUACUAAAAAAGAAGAAAGGUGAUAAAGAAGAAGUAACAAACAUUAUAACAAUUGAAGAAUCUGGACAUGAACCACAAGUAACUGUAACAAUCGAAGAACAAGUUGUUGAACCAGAAAUCGUUUUGGAGUUGCCAGAAGAAAUACAGGAAAUAAUCGUAAUUGAAGACGGUGUUCCUAAAAGUGUAAAAACUAAAAAACGAAAAAUAAAGAAAAGAAAAGGUCUCAAAGAGGAAACUACCGAAAUUGUAACAGUAGAUGAAGAAGGCAAGAAGCCUGAAUCAACUGUCACUGUUUCUUCUGAAACUGCUACUGUAGAGGAAGAAAUACAAGAACUUCCAGAACAGGUCCAUGAAUUAACUCUAAUAGAAGAUGGCGUACCUAAAACUAAGAUAACUAAAAAGAGAGUUAUAAAGAAAAGAAGAGGUCCAAAGGAAGAAACGACAGAAAUUUUAACUAUAGUUGAAGAAGAUCGUGAACCUCAAACAACUGUAGUUACCUACGAACAGAUACCUGAAGAACAACCUGAUGUUGAAGAAAUACCGUUGAAUAUUCACGAAACAACUGUAGUCGAAAAAGGUAAACCUAAGAAAAAAGUUACAAAGAAAACUCUUUUAAGACGCAAAUCUGAGGGAGUUCCUGAAAUGACAGAAAUAACUGUAGUCGAAGAAGCGGAUAAGCAGCCUGUAAUUACAGAAUCGACUGUUAGUGAACUUCCUGAAGAUAUUGAAUUUGUAGUUGAAGAAUUGCCAGUGAAAAUAGAGGAAUCCACUGUUAUUGAUGAGGGAGUGUUAAAGAAGAAGACUACUACCAAACGAUUAAUAAAGAAACGCAAAGGUCCCAAAGAAGAGACUACACAUAUAGUAACUGUAGAAGAGGAAGGAAAAACGCCGCAAAUCAUAGUUACUGUAGAGGAACACGAAGUACCAGAAGAUGUGCAAAAGAAACCAAGAAAGAAACUUAAGAAACUGAAGAAACCAAAAGAUGCAGAGGAGAAAUACUUGUUCGUGCCUUUACUGGCUGAACAAGAAGAAUUGCCCACUACACCCGAAGUAUUCGAUCUUCUCAAAAUGGAAAUUAUCAGAAUAAUAUUAUCUCAUCCAUUACCAGAGUUUCCUGAAUUAGUUGAUUUGCCUGAAGGCCAACGAGUCCUUAUCGAAUUUCCUGAACAAAUUUUUGAAACGGUACUGCCCGAUGGUACUAAGAAAACUAUUAGGAAAAGGAAAAUUAAAAAACGCGUUGGAGACAAAGAUGAAGUUCUUAAAAUCGAAAUAAUCGAGCAACCAAAUACAGAACCAAUAAUUACUGCAACCAUCGAUGAGGAAGAUGUAGUUCCUUUGGAGGAUAUGAGCGAGAUGCUUCCUGUUAUCGAACUUCCGGAACAUAUUGACGUUUUCGAAAUAACAACAUCUGGUGAAGUACCGAAAAAGAAGAUUACUAAAAAGAGGAAGCUCCUUAGAAAGCGAGGUUCCAAAGUAGAGGAAACGGAUAUUACGACUGUUAUAGAAGACGGUAAAAAACCAGAACAUACUGUUACAAUAAAAGAAAUCGAUAUUGGUAAAAAACCAAGUAAAAUUAAGGAUCUCAAACAAAAAUUAGAAUUAAUAGAGGUUAAGCCCAGUAAGCCUAAAAUUAUGGGCAAAGAGGAACUCCCUCAACUUUCCGAUGUUAAACUUAAAAAACGGAAGGUACCGAAAAAACCUGAGGAGGAAACAAAGUUCCCCAAGUUCCGUCUCAAAAGCCGAAUUUGUUUUAUAAAGUUCCCUGCCGAGAAUGAGAUUGAACAGCAUGCUACCAUAACCACUAUGCCUCCAUAUACCAGAGACCAUGGAGAACUGUCCAGAAAUAUUGCAGAAGCUGAAAAAGUCCUGAAACGCAAGAAAGUAAAGAAAUUUAAGGACAUCGAACAUGAAAAACCAGAACUAGAGAAAGUUGAAGAUUUUGAGAUGCCUGAGAAGCUGUCUAAGGACAAACCGGAAGAAAAAUCACAGUAUGAAAGGAAACCCAAAAAGCCUAAACCGGAAGAACUCGAACCAGCUAAAAUUAAAAUUGGUAAAGGUCAAGUACCGGAAGAAAUUGAAGAACCUGAAUCGGUUAAGUUGAAGAAAGUUCCCACGAAAGAUGAAGAACCCGAAUUAGAAAAAGAAGUUAAGCCCAAAAAAGGCAAAAAACCUAAGGAAGCUAUUAAGGACAAAAAAGAAGAUAAAGAACACGAACCUGUACAUUUUGAGCCUUACGACAUCGAAAAAGGCGAAUAUGAAUUAGAAAAACCGGAAAAACUAUCUGAAGAGGAUGAAGAAACUGUAGAAAUAGGAAAAACGAAAAAAUAUAAACGCAAACCUAAAACCAAAACUACACAUGAAACUGAGGAAUCAGAACUGAUCAAAGGUAUACCUAAAAAACCGGAGGUACCUGAGGAAGAAGAAAAAUCUUUUAAGGCUAAACAAAAACCUAAACUACCUGAAGAACCCGAACAAAUAAAAUUAAAGCCUUUUAAGAAACCUAAGAAGGAGGACCUGACUCAUAAAGUACGCGUUGAAGGUCCGGAAUACGAAAAACCCGUCGUUAUUUUUGAACUACCCGAAGACGUAUCUUACAGCGAAGAAAAAUUACCUGAUGGUAAAAUCGUGAAGAAGGUGAAGAAACGGAGAAUUAUAAAGAAGAGAAAGGGACCCACUGAAGAGACAACAAUUAUAGAAACAGUCGCUUGGCAAAAUGCCACUCCUGUAACUACCGUUACUACAUCAAUAGUUGAUAUUCCUGAGGAAAGUGAUAUACCUUAUGAAGCAACCGAAAUAGAGGAACUUCCUGAACAAAUAAAUGUCAUUGAAGAGACAAAGGAUGAUAAAACAGUAACAAAGAAACUAAUCAAACGCAAAUAUAAGAAACCCAAAGGACCAAAAACCGAAGUUACCGAAAUCGUGACUUUAGAAGAAGAUGAUAGUCAGCCAGAAACUCUUGUUGUUGUUUACGCUGAAGAUCGUGUUUUAGAGGAAGAUAAUCUGACACCCUUGCCCACCAAAAAGACCAAAAAACCCAAGCCUAUAGUCGUUGAAAUGCCCGAACAUGUAACAGUUAGCGAAGUCCAAACAGAGAAAGACGCUACAAAGAAAAUAAUUUCUCACAAAAAGAAAUACAAGAAACUCCUAAAGCCCAAAGAAGAAAUUGUUACAAUACUUACUACAGAGGUAGAAGAUGAAACUCCCGUUUCUACCGUAACUAUUGAAGAAGUAAUACCAGAAGAUAUAACAGAUAUUUUGGAAGCUGUACUUCUGACAGAAAGCCCCGUUACUGAAGAGAUUGUAGAAGAAGUAGUUAAGGGUAAACCAGUUACGAAAAAGAUUAGUAAAAGGGUUAUUAAGAAACGAAUUGAUGACAAAGAUGAAGUUACUGAAAUUUUAACAGUGCAAGAAGAUGAUAAACUACCAAUAACAGAAGUAAAAGUGUUCUAUAUUGAGAGCGAUAAAAAACCUAAGAAGCCGAAAAAGAGUAAGGAAAUUUUUGUUGAACUUCCCGAGGAAGUAACUGUAGAAGAAAUAGAGACUUCAGAAGGGCCCAAAAAACAAGUCAUCAAAAAACGAACUAUAAAGAAACUGACCAGUCCUAAACAAGACGUAACUACUGUCUUAACGGUGUACGAGGAAGAUAAGAUCCCUGAGACAGUUUUAACGACUGAAGAAAUCAAGGAUAUCUCAGAUAUUUUAGAAACUGCUCAGGUGGUCGAAUUGCCUGAAGAAGUAUUAGCCAAACCAGAAACAAAGACUAUUAUUACGAAAAAGAAAAUACGUAAACAGAAAGGUGAUAAAAUUGAAACAACCGAAAUCAAAACUGUUGAAACUGAGGAUGUGAAACCAGUGACUACUAUUACUGUAUCGUUAUCGGAUAUUACUGAAAUUUUACCCGACGACACAUUCGAAUUGUUUGAAUUCAAAACACCCAAAAAAUCCUUAAAACCACGCAUCACUCCACUCACCGAAUUAGAAACAACCGAUCUACACACUAUCGAACAUACACAGGAAUUAGGUGAAUUAGAGGAAAAAAUCCCUAAGGCCAAAGGUAAGCUAAUACAAGAUGUCAAAGAAUCGGUUACUAUCCAAACUGUAAUGUCUCAAAAACCCGUUGAAGAAGUACCCGUAAUUCAAGAACUUCCCGAAGAAGUUGAAGUCCUAGAAGCCGUAGCGGAAGACGGAAAGAAACAAAAGAAAGUAAUCAAGAAACGUACCAUCAGAAAGAGGCUUGGAAGUGUUCAAGAAGACACUCACAUCGUUACUAUAGAAGAAGAAGGAAAGGUACCACAAUCCACAGUUACUAUCGAGGAAAUCACAGUCCCAGAAGAACUAGCUGAGAUUCCUAUUAAAACUGAAGAAUCGACUUACAUAGAAGAACUGCCAGAAGAAAUAAUCGAAACUGAAGUUGAUACCACUGAAGGCCCCAAGAAAAAAGUGUUUAAGAAACGUACAAUUAAAAAACGAAGAGGUAGCAAAGUAGAAUCUACAGAAAUUUUCUCUGUACAAGAAGAAGGCAGAGAACCUCAAACUUCAGUAAUUAUACAGGAAGUAACGGAAGAAGAGGUAAAGAUUGAAGAACCGGAAAUUGUCGAGCUUCCCGAAGAAAUUGUGGUGGUUGAUAAGAAGGUAAUCAAAAAGAAAAUUAUUAAGAAGAAGAGAGGAGAUAAACAAGAAAUAGUGGAACAAAAAACGGUUGAAGAGGUUGGAAAGGAACCUGAAGUCACCGAGACAGUAAUAGAAGAAACGCUAGCUGAAGAACAACCCGUUUAUAUUGAGGAACUUCCAGAACAAGUCGAAGUUGAAGAAAUCAAGGGUCGCUGGGGUCCCAAAAAGAAAAUCACCAAGAAGCGAGUUAUUAAAAAGAGAAAGGGUAGCAAAGAGGAAGAAACCCACAUCGUUACUGUAGAAGAGGAAGGUAAGAAACCACAAAUAACCGUCACAAUUGAAGAAAAAGUUAUUCCAGAAGAACAAAUUACUCAACUACCAAAAGUUGACACAGCUAAAGCUGAUAUCGUUGAAGAAACACCUGAACAGGUUAUCGUAACACAUGUUGACACACUCGAAGGUCCUAAGAAGAAAGUUAUAAAGAAGAAGGUCUACAAGAAAUGCAAGGGUAGCAAGCAGGAGGAAACUGAGAUUCUCACGAUAGUUGAAGAAGGCAAACAACCAGAAACCACGGUAGUUGUUAGGGAAGUAGAGACUGUUGAGGAAGAAACCAUAAAGAAACCCAAAAAGGCGAAGAAACCUAAAAAGGCAGAAGAAAGUUUAAUAUCCGACGAAGGCUAUCUCAUUGUGCCUUCUUUAAUGCAAGACAAAGUUAAACCAGAGGGCGUUGAAGAUAUGAUUCAAAUGGAGUUUAUUAAAAUGGCUUUAGCAAAACAGGUUCCGGAACAUGUACCUAUGGAGGAAGAAGAAGAAGAACAGAAAGAAGUUACAAAGAAAAAGGUUAAGAAGAUAAUAAAGAAGAAGAAAGAAAAAGUUGUUGAAAUUGAACAAGAACAGCCAACAUUUGCUGAAGAAGCUCCUGAAGAAAUUCUUGUAGAGGAAACAAUUAACGAAGAAGGUAUUCCAGAGACAAAAAUAACUAAAAAGAGAGUUAUUAAAAGGCGUAAGGGCAGUAAACAAGAAACAGUUCACAUAGUAACAACUGAAGAAGAAGGGAAGAAGCCUCAAACUACCGUCACUAUAGAUGAAGUUGAACUACCCGAAGAUGAACUUGAUCAAAUACCUGAAGUUAUACCUGACAGAGCGGUUAUAAUCGAAGAUGUUCCUGAAACCGUCCAAGUAGUAGAAACUUUAACAUCGGAAGGCUCAAAGAAGAAAGUUAUUAAAAAGAAAAUAAUUAAAAGGAGACGAGGCAGUAAACAGGAAACCACAGAGCUUACUGUGGUUGAAGAAGAGGGUAAAGCACCACAAACUACAGUAACAAUUGAAGAACUAGAUCUUCCUGAGGAAGAUGUAAAACAACUACCUAUAUUAGAAGAAGAGCCUGUCAUAAUCCAGGAAUGGCCAGAGGAAGAACAAAUCUAUGAAGAUGACAAAAAGAAAAAGAUUAUUAAAAAGAAAAUUAUUAAAACUAGAAAAGGGAGCAAACAAGAAACGGAAAAGGUUUUUGUUGUGGAGGAAGAGGGUAAACGACCAAAAACUUCAGUAGUAAUAGAAGAGUUUGAUUUGCCAGACGAAAUAGUGGAGGAACUUAGUUUGCCUAAAUUAAAAUCGAAAAAACCGGUGUUUAUAGAAGAUGUACUCCCAAAGGUUGAUGUUUCUGAUGUAGUGGUUAAGGAAGGCCCAGCUAGAAAAGUAGUUAAAAAGAAGGUCGUCAAAAAGGAGGAAAGACAGGAAGUAAUAGAAGAGAAAGUACCUGAGAUUGUUGUAGCAGAAGAAUUACCGGAAGAGAUUCACGUAGUGUCUGAAGAGGACAAACCUGACAAAAUCAUUAAAAAACGAACCAUACGUAAAAGAAAGGGUAGUAAGCAUGAAGUAACACAGAUUUUCACUGUAGAAGAAGAAGGAAAAGAACCCUUAACCAGUGUAAUUAUAGAGGAAAUAGAUUAUCCUGAAUAUUUAGUUAAAGAUCUUCCGGAAAUUCAACCAGAACAUACAGUGGUAAUAGAGGAAGUGCCUGAUCAAAUUCACACAGAAAUAGUCCAAACAUACGAAGGUCCCAAAGAGAUUGUUACCAGGAAGAAAGUCAUCAGAAAACGUAAAGGUAGCAAACAAGAAACUACAGAAAUUAUUGUGAGAGAAGAAGAGGGAAAAAGACCUCAAACUUCAGUAAUGAUCGAAGAAAUAGACAUUCCAGAAGAUGUUUUGGAAACCUUACCUGAAGUAUCAUUUGUUGAAGAACCAGUAAUUAUACAAGAACUUCCUGAAGAAGUGCAAGUCGUUGACAAACAUAAGACAAUAAAGAAGAAAGUUACAAAGAAACGAAAGGGCAGCAAACAAGAAGUGACAGAGUAUGUCACUGUCAUUGAAGAAGGUAAAAAACCGGAAACUUCGGUGACUAUUGAAGAAAUCGAUAUACCUGAAGAUGUACUAGAAGACUUGUCAAUUCCAAAGAAAAAAUCUAAGAAACCAGUGUUUGUCGAAGAACAAUCUGAAAAAGUCGAAAUUAAUGAAGUGCAGGUUAUAGAAGGACCUAAAGAAAAAAUCGUUAAAAAGAAAGUGACUAAAAAAUCUAAGGAGCAUGUCGAACAACCGGUUAUUGCUCACGAACUUCCUGAAGAAAUACAAAUAAUAACCGAAGGUGAUCAAAAGAAAAUCGUUAAAAAACGUGUUAUUAAAACCAAAAAGGGUAAAAAAGAAGAGGUUACUCAAAUAUUUACAGUAGAAGAAGAAGGAAAAGAACCGCUAACUUCAGUUGUGAUUGAAGAACUUGAUGUACCAGAAGACCAAGUACCCGAAGAGUUCGAACAAACGGUUAUUAUUGAGGAGGUACCCGAACAAACCGAAAUAGUGCAAGUAGAAACCGCUGAAGGGCCUAAAAAAGUAAUUACAAAGAAAAGGGUUAUUAAAAAACGCAAGGGCAGUAAACAAGAAUCGACUGAAGUCAUCGUUCGAGAGGAAGAGGGCAAGGCACCUGAAACAAGCGUUGUAAUUGAAGAAAUCGAUAUACCAGAAUCUGUAGUCUUAGGUCUCCCAGCUGUUGAAUAUGAACAGCCAAUAAUUAUACAAGAACUUCCAGAGGAGGUUGUUGUUGAAGAUAAGCGAACUGUAAAAAGAAAAGUAAUUAAAAAACGUAAGGGUAGCAAACAGGAAUCCAUCUUAACUGUUACUGUAGAAGAAGAGGGUAAAAAACCGGAAACAUCUGUUGUUAUCGAGGAAAUUGAAAUCCCUGAACAUAUCGUCAAGGAACUUCCUAUCCCCUCUAUAGAAUUGAUAGAACCCGUAUUCAUUGAAGAAUUACCUGAAAUAGUUGAUAUUAGCGAGACAACUGUCCAAGAAGGACCCAAGAAGAAGAUAAUAAAGAAGAAAGUUUCUAGAAAGCACGUUGAAAAAGCAGACGAAAUUGAAGAAACAUUCGGUAAACCCGUUAUCAUAGAGGAACUUCCCGAGGAGAUUCAAAUUGUUGAGGAUGAAACUGGUCCGACAAAAACAACCAAAAAGAGGACUAUUAAGAAGAAGAAGGGAGAUAAGGAAGAGAUCACACAAAUUGUAACUGUUGAAGAGGUAGGUAAGAAACCUCAAACGUCGAUUACAAUUGAAGAGGUACCAAUCGAAGAGAAGCCUCAAGAAAAAGAAAUUCCUGUUUACAUCGAAGAACUACCCGAAGAAGUGAAUGUGGAAGAGGUUAAAGGUAGAUGGGGUCCUAAACAGAAAACAACCAAAAAGCGAGUUAUUAGAAAACGCAAGGGAAGCAAGCAAGAAGAUACGCUUAUUGUAGUGGUUGAAGAAGAGGGUAAAGAACCCUUAACGACUAUUACAAUUGAAGAAACUCAGGUACCUUUGGAAGAAUUUCCUAAAAUUCCCACCAUCGAAAUUACUGAAGCACCCGAAGAAGUUAAAGUUAUUGAGAAAAUCACUCCAGAAGGCAAGAAGAAGGAAGUGAUAAAAAAGAAAAUAUACAAGAAGAAAAAAGGUGAUAAAGAAGAGCAAACGGAAAUAGUUGUCGUCGAAGAGGAAGGUAAAAAACCUAGGACUACAAUCACUGUCGAGGAAUUUGAUAUACCAGAAGAGACAGUUAAAGAGGCACUCUCUCCAAAACCAUUAGAUGUCACAUUGACUUAUAUCCACGAAUUACCUCAAGAGGUUGAAGAGCAAAUCAUUGUUAACGAAGAAGGCAAACCUAAAAAGAGAAUAGUCAAAAAACGUGUAAUUAAGAAACCGAAAGGUGAAAAAGAAGAAGUGACAGAAAUUGUUGUAAUUGAAGAGGAGGGUGAACAGCCUCAAACAACUGUUACUGUAGAGGAAGUGCCUAAAGUACCUACCGAAAAGAAAGUUAAAAAGAAACCGAAAGAAGGCAAGCCCAAACAACUUAGAAGGGAGCUAUCUGUCCUUGUACCUCUGGAAAUAAAAGAAGUUAAAUUCCAAAAAGUUAAAAUUGUUGAAGCUAAAGAUGUUCCACUAUUUGGUGAAAUUAAGCUACGGAAACCAAAGAAACCUGUAGAAAGAAAAGAUGCCCCUAGUAAGGUGCAAAUUCCACGUCUCAAAAGUAGAAUACGACAUAUCGAUUUUCCACCAAUAACAGAGCAAUUUACUCUGCCAAGAAUUUCACUUCUUGAACCUGUUUAUAAAGAUAAUGGCGUUUUAUCUAGAAAUAUUAAAGAAGCUGAAAAGAUACCCAAGACCAAACGCCGAAGGCUUAGAGAUAAAGAUGUUAUUAACAAACAACUUGAACAACUGGAUCUUGAAAUGGAAGAACUGAAAAAGAAAGAGCCCGAAAAGGUUGAUGAGGAGUACAAGCAAAAACAACAACCAAAAAGAAAGUCGAUAUCAAAGGACGAACCGAAAAAGUUACAAAUUGGAAAAGGACAAAUUCCCAAAGAAGAAAGUAUUGAGGAAGAUGUCACUCUCAAGAAAAUACCCAAGAAAAUUGAAGAAGAAGAGUUACAACGGACCUUAAAACCAGUUAAAAAGGAAACUCUUGAAAAACCGAAAACUAAAAAGAUUCCAAAGGUAGAGAGCGACAAGAUUAAAUUUGAACCUUACGAUAUCGACCAUGAAGAACCAGAACUAGAAGAAUAUGUACCCAGUGUUCCUGAAGACAAAGAGAAAGAAAAACCCAAGAAGGAGAAGGUUAAAAUAGUGAAGAAGAAGAAAGAAAAACCUACUCCUGAAUUCGAAGAAUCUACUUUAGAAACUGGAAAACCUAAACCAGAAGAUGAAAUUGAAGAGCCAGAAGUUACUUUAAAAUACAAACAAAAACCUAAACCUGAAGAACCUCCAGAAGAAAUUAAGUUAAAACCACAUAGAAAAGAAGUCGAAGACGAAGAAUUUAAGGUUGUUGUAGACAGGGUUAUGAAACAUGAUACCAUUGUCUCUUUCGAAGGUGAAGAUAUCGAUAUGAGUAUAAAACCAGAUGAAGAUCAAGAAAAAGAAAAACCAAAGAAAAAGAAAAUUAUUAAAAAGGUUAAACGUAAAGGAUCUAAAGAGGAUCUACUGGAAGAAACUAUCGAACCUCAGGAAACUGUCGUUGAGGAUAUAUUACUAGAGGAAGUAAAGGAUGAGAAAAUGCCAGAAGACAUUACAGCUGUUGUGGUAGAAGAACAGCCUAAAACGCCUGAAUAUCAACCAGAAAUUGUUGAGGAGGAAGUUAUACAGCCAGAAGCCACCGAAGAUGAAACCCCAGAAAAGAAGAAACGAAUUAUUAAGAAAAAGAUUAUAAAGAAGAAAGACAAGGAAGUUACUGAAGAAGUUCCUGUCGAAGAGGUACCCGAGGAAGAAGAAAUACCCGAACUUCCUACUGAAGCUCCACAAGAAGAAGAAUUGUCAGUAGAAGAAAAGGAGAUUCCAGCACGAAAACCUAAAAAGGUAAAAGAAUUGAUAGAGGAAAAAGUUGAAGAGAAACCUAAGAAAGUCAGGAAACCUUUACCAAUUAAAGAGGUUAAGAAAGAUAAGAUACCAAGACUGAAAAGCAGAAUAACACACGUACCAUUCCCACCACAAGAAGAAUCUGAGAGAUUACCUCAGAUUACUGAAUUGCCCCCUGUUUAUCGAGAUAGCGGGGUUUUGUCACGUAAUCUGGAAGAAGCUAAAAAAUUACCUAAGAAGAAGAAAAUUAAGGUGAAAGAUUACGAAAAAGAUCUAAAAGAUUUAGAAAAAUUAGAUUUAGAAGUUGAAGAGCUUCAGAAAAAAGAAAAGGAGACCCUUGACAAAGAUCUCUUUAUUAAACCGGAGAAACAAAAACCUGAAAAACCUAAAGAGGAAGAAAAGAAACUUAAAAUUGGCAAAGGAAAUUUACCUGAACAACCUGGACCUGACGAAGAAGUUACUUUAAAGAAAAUUCCAGAAAAGCCCGAGAGUAUUGAGCAACCAGAAAAGGCAAAAAUACCAAAGAAAGAGAAGAAAGAAAAGAGAGUUCCUAAAACAAAACAAGAGGAAUCUCCUGAAAGAACGCCUUUUGAGCCUUACGAUAUCGAUCACGAAUCACCAGAAAAAGAGACAUUAGAACUACCUAAACCUGAAGAAGAGGACGAAGAAACUGUAGAAAAAGAUAAACCUAAAAAGCCUAAAAAGAAAAAGGAAAAGCCCGCAUCUGAAACUAUCGAGGACGAACUAGUUCCUGGCGUACCUAAACCAAAGGAAGAAGAAGAAAUUCCUGGCAUUGGAUUGAAAAAGAAACGUAAACCUAAGCCAGAAGGCGAUGGAGAAGAAAUUAAAUUAAAACCUCAUAAAAAAGAAGAGGAGGACAAAGAAUACAAAGUUGAAGCAGAUACCGUUAUGAAGCAUGAUGCUAUUAUUACAUUUGAAGGUCCAGAGGAGGAAUAUGAACUGUCUCCCGAAAGAGAUACAGAGGUUACUAAAACCAAAAAGAAAAUUAUAAAGAAAAUUAAAAAACCCAAAGAGAAAAAGACAGAAGAAGAGGUACUAGAAGAAGACAUUAUUACACCAGCUGAACCAGAAGAGGCUUUACCUAUAGAAGAGGUAUCUAUCGAAGAAGAAAUUAUGCCGGAAGAGGUGCCUGAAGAGGCUAAGCCAGAAGAAAAACCAAAAAAGAAAGUAAAGAAGGUAAAGAAACAACUAGAAGAAGAACAGGUUCCUGAACUAGAAAAAGUGAAAUUAAGAAAACUGACUAUCAAACGUAUACCUGUAGAUAAACCAAUAAAACCUGUCAUAUCUGAAGUUAAACCCGAAUUUGCUGAAAUUAAAUUAAAGAAGCCGAAAGCUACACAGAAAGCUCCUGUAUCCGAAGUUACGGUCCCCAAAUUCAGGCUUAAAUCUAAACUGCAGAUCAUCGAAUUUCCUCCUAUCGAACAAAAAGAACAGAAACCUUUAAUAACAACUCUAGAACCGGUUUAUAGAGACAACGGAAUAGUAUCUCGAAACGUAGACGAAGCAAAGACUGUCAAACCGAAAAAGAAAAAGCUGGUCACUAGAAAUAAAGACCUCGAGAAAAUCGACAAAGAAUUUGAAGAACUCAAGAAGCCUUUAGAAGAAGUCGAUGACGAAUAUAGAAAGAGAAAGGAAAAACCUAAAAAGGAAAAACCUGUUUUAAUGAAAAUUGUCGUAAUAGAACACCUUCCUCAAAAAGGAAAAGUUGUCGAUUUGACUCCUGUUGUAAAUCUAGCAGAGAUAAAACUGCGAAAACCAAAGACAGCUGGCGUUAAAGAACCUACUCAACUUAUCGUACCUAAACUCCGAUUAAAAAGUCGAAUCGUUUGGGUAGAUUUUCCACCUCUAAAUGAAGUACUUCAACCUCUGAAAGUUACCGUUAUCGGGGUUGUCAAAGACAACGGCAUCAUAUCUCGUAAUGUCGAAGAAGCGGAGAAAGUUAGAAAGACAAAGAGAAGGAAGCUAAAGGAUAUCGAGAAAGAUAUCACUCCUCUGGAAAAACUCGAUCUUGAAUUUGACGAGAUCAAAAAGACAGAAUUAGAAAAGGUCGACGAAGCUUUCAGACAUCAACGGGAACCGAAGAAAAAGCCCGAACCUGAGGGAGAAAAGCCGGUAGAAAUCAAAAUUGGUAAAGGUAAAAUGCCUCCAGCCGAAGAAGAACCGGAACGGGUAACGCUGAAAAAGUCUCCGAGAAAAGCCGAAACGGAAGAAGCCCAUGAAGAAGUGAAAUUGAAACCGCAAUCGGUGGAGAAGAAAACUCCAAAAGAAGAGAAACCGGAAAAGACCGUCGAUAAACCAGUCCUAAAACCCUUCGAUAUACCUCAAGAUGAAACGGACAAACUCGAGUAUCAGCCUCCCGAAUAUCCGGAAGAAGAAGAAGAACAACCUGGAAAGGAAAAACCAAAAUACAAACCAAAGAAGAAAGUAAAACCUGUUCCUGAAACCGAAGAAACGACUUUACAGAAAGGAGAACCUAAAAAGCCAGCACCUGAAGAAGAAGAGAGUGUAGUUUUGAAGGCCCCUAGAAAGCCCAAACCCGAAGAGGCUCCAGAAGAAAUUAAACUAAAACCUUUCAAAAAACAAGCAGAAGAUCAGGAAUUUAAAGUCGAAGGUGAGACUGUAAUGAAGCACGAUGCUAUUAUUACUUUCGAAGGUCCUGAUAUCGAAAUGGAAAUUAGUCCAGAUGAAGAGAAAGAAAAGGAUAAAGUCAAAAAGAAGAAAAUUAUUAAAAAGGUCAAGCGAAAAGAUUCAAAACAUGAAAUCACUGAAGAGGACGUACCUAAAAUUGAAGCAACUGUAGAAGAAUUACCCGAAGAGAUCACGGAAGAAUUAGCUCCAAUAGAUACAGAGGAAGAAUUAAAAACAGUUACCGAAGGGAAACAUUUAGAAGAACCUACAGAAGUUACUGAGGAGAUUACGAAGAAAAUUAAAAAGAAGGUUCCUAAGAAACCUGAAGAGAAAGAAGCCGAAAUCUUAGAAGAAGCUCCAAAAGAAACGCCAGAAGAAAUAACUGAAGAAAUUAUUGAAGAAGAAACAAAAGUUAAGAAAAUCAAGAAGAGAAUUCCUAAAGAGAAACCUUUAGAGAAACCUGAAGAACAAAUCGAAGAUCAACCUAAGGAAGAGGUUGAAGAAAAGGUAUCUCAUGAGGAAAAAGUAGAACCAAUCGAAGUAAAGAAAGAACCGGAUAUACUUGAAGUUUCCGAAGUUCCUGAGACUAAGGUCAAGAAACCAAAACGACCGCUUCCUAAAAAAGAAGAGAAGAAAGAUAAAAUCCCUCGAUUGAAGAGCAGAAUCACUCAUGUUAAAUUUCCACCUGAGGAUGAAAUCGAACGUAUACCCAAAAUUAUGGACCUAGAACCUGUCGUAAGAGACAACGGUAUUUUAUCAAGGAAUGUCGAAGAGGCGCGUAAAAUCAAAAAGACUAAAAUCAAGAAACCGAAGGAUAUCGAUAAACAUAUAACAGAUUUAGAGACGUUAGACCUGGAAUAUGAAGAACAGAAAAAACGAGACCUCGAAAAAAUGGAAGAACCGCUCAAGUUUGACAAGAAACCUAAAGAGAAACCUGAAAAACCUGAAGAAACUCCUGGAAUUAAAAUUGGAAAAGGUAAACUACCUGAAGAUGUAGAGGACAAGGAAGAUAUCAAAUUGAAAAAGGUUCCAGAAGUACCUAGAGAUACUGAAGAACCUACAGUAAAAGAAAAGAAAACGGAAGAGCCUAAACCGAAGAAAGUAACCAAAAAGAAAACAGAUGAUUCCAUUGAGGCACCGAAGCUUGAACCGUUUGAUACUGAACGAGAAGAACCGGAAUUAUUAAAAUACGAGGCUCCUGAAGCUCCAGAAGAAGAAAAAGAAGAAGAAGUCGAGGUUAAAUUACCAUAUAAAAAGAAAGAAAAGAAGAAACCUGUGCCAGAAACUGAAGAAACUAUUCUGGAGAAAGGUGUUCCUAAGAUACCCGAAGAAGAGGUGCCAGUUGAAAAGAAAGUUAAAGUACCUAAAAAACCUAGACCUGAAACCGAAACAGAAGAAAUAAAAUUAAAGCCUUUCGAAAAACCGGAAGAAGAAACUGACACAGAGGUCGUUGGAGAGAUAACACCGAAACCUGAAGAAGGUAAAUUAAUCAAGAAACCAGACGAGACUAAAAGGAAGAAAGUUCCUGCUAAGCCUGAAGCCAAAAAGCCCGAAGGAUUGGGAUUAAGAUUGAAAAGCAGGAUAGUAUACGUUGAUUUUCCACCGCUUUCUGAAAUCGAAAAGAAACCGCUCAUUUCGUUGUUGGAACCUGUUAUCAGAGACAAUGGCAUUAUUUCACGGAAUGUCGAAGAAGCCGUCAAACUUAAACCUAAGAAAAAGAAGAAACAGCCUGUUGAAUCAAACCUUGAAAAGAUUGAACAAGAAUUAGAUGAACUGAAGAAAGCUCGUGAGACAGUUGAUGACGAGUUCAGAAAACGGCCAGUAAAGCCUAAAAAAGAGAAGCCCGUCUUAAUGAAAAUCGUAAAGGUCGAAGUGAAACCACAAAAAGCCAAAGUGGUCGAUUUAACGCCGGAAGUGGUUAACUUGGCCGAGAUUAAGUUGAAGAAACCUUCGGUUAAGCCCGAAGCCAAAGAACCAACCGAACUCAAAGUUCCGAAACUUAAACUAAAAAGCCGAAUCAAUUGGGUUGAUUUCCCACCAAUGAACGAGGUACUUCAACCAUUAAAGAUUACAAUAAUAGGUGCGAUUAAAGAAAAUGGCGUGAUCUCUCGAAAUGUUGAGGAGGCCGAAAAGAUCAAAAAGAAGAAACCUAAGAAAUUCAAGGACGUCGAUAAAGAACUUACGGACCUUGAAAAACUCGAUCUCGAAUUUGAAGAAAUGAAGAAGAAUGAGCCAGAGAAAGUGGACGAUGCGUACAAGUACGAGAGAAAGCCUAAAGCUAAACCUGAAGAAGAACAAGCGGAGCCUAUAGAAAUAAAAAUACGCAAAGGUAAAGGACCACCUAAAGAAGAUGAAACAGAAGAUACUGUAACUUUGAAAAAACGACCUACUAAAAAAGAAGAGAUUGUUCCAGAGGAUAUAGUAAAGGAAAAAUCGUUAAAACCAGAGGAAAAAGAUACAGAAGAAAAAGAACCUAAGGGAGAAGUCGAAAGACCACCGUUUGAACCUUUCGAAUUCAAGCAUGAAGAAACUGAAAGAGAUACUUAUGAACCACCUGAAAGAGAAGAACCGGGCAAGAAAAAACCAAAGGAGAAGAAAAUUAAGAAGAAACCCGAAAAGAAAGAGGAACCCGAAGAAGAGAUUCCCGAAACAGUAAUAGAAAAAGGCAUUCCGAAACCAUCUAAACCAGAGGGAGAGGAAGAGGUGGUUCUUAAAGCUCCAAGAAAACCUAAACCAGAAGAACAACCUGAAGAAUUCAAACUUAAGCCUAUUAAACGGCCUGAAGAGGAAGAGGAAUCGGAAGUUGUAACUAUAUCCAAACCCGCACAACCCAUCGAAGCUAAAGAAAUUAUACCAAGACCAGAGGAUGAAAUUGACUUUAAACCUUAUCCCGAUGACGAAAUAAAAGAAAAGAAAAAGAAGACCAAACCUAAAGCUAAAAAACCAGAAGAAAAGCCGGUUCCAGGGGAAUCUAUCACGGAGGAAGAAAAACCAGUUACUGAAACACCUGAAGAUGUUGAAACUGAACAAGUUGUUGUGCUGAAGAGAAAGCCUAAAGUUGAGAAUGAACAACCCACUGAAGAAGUAAAGAUUCAACUGAAAGGGCCAGAAGAGGUACCUGAGGUUGAAGCUGAGACCAUUAUAAUUAAGAAGAAACCGUCUAAAGUAGAAGAAGCAGAGACAGAAGCGAAGAUUGAGAUAACGCUUAAACCUGAAGAGAGAAUUGAAAUUAUUGAGGAGGAGGUAGUAGUUAAAAAGCGCAAACCCAAAAAGCCUAAACCGCAGGAAGAAAAACCUGUGGAAAAAGAAGAGAAACCCGAAGGAGUAACAAUCGAAGAAAUAGAAUCAGAGGAAACUCCUGAAGAAAUUCCGGAAUCUGUUCCUGAAUUACCUAUAAUAGAAGAGCCUAAAGAAGAAUAUAUAAUACCAAUAGAAAAAGAACAUGACGAAGUAAUAACUGAAUUAGAAGAUGAGGUCAUCGUUGAAGAACCACUAGAAGAAGAAGAAAUAAAGGAACAUGUUCCUGAAAAAGUAGUUAAGUUAAAGAAAAAGAGUGCAAAGAAACCUCCUGAAGUUGAGGAAAAAAUCUCUAUACCUAAACCCAAACCGGAAGAAGAAAUUCCAGAAGUAAAAUCCGAAGUCGUUAUAAAACCACAAGAAGAAAAAUCUAAACCGGAACCUCUUGACACGGAGGCUCAAUUUACUAUUAUACAAGAACCGAAAAUUGAGGAAAAGCCUGAUAGUGAAGAAGUAACUGUCUCUGUUAAAAAGCCAAAGAAGAAAGACAAAAUACCUGAUGAAGGUGAGGCUGAAAUUUUGAUUAAGAAACCCAUUGUUACCGCAGAAGAACCUGAAGAACCUGUUUCUGAAGUUAGUGUAAAAGUGCUUGUUCCUGUUGAAGAAAAGAAGGAAGAGGUUGUUGAAGAAAUUAUAAAACCAAAAAAGAAGCCGAAGAAACCAAAAGAUGACGAAUAUAAAGUAUCUAUUAAAAAGCAGGUACCUAUUGAGACUCCUGAGGAAGAACAUGAGGAACAAGUAACGAUUCCUAAGAAAGAACAAGUGGAAGAAGAAGUGGAAAUUAAAAUUACGAAACCGAAACCCAAACAACAAGAACCAGACGAGGGUGAAGAUCAAGUAACUGUUAAAAAACAUGUUCCAGUUCCAGAGGAAGAACAUGUUGAAGAAGAUGUUAGUGUAGAUAUUAAAAUACCAUCUAAACCUAAGCCUAAACCUGUUGUAGAAGAAGAUGAAGAAGAAACAGUUAGAUUACCUAAAAAGGAAGUCGUUCAAGAGGAAGUUGAUGUUAAAAUUAAGAAACUAAAGAAGAAAAAGAAAGUUCCUGAAGAAGAUCAAGCUGAAAUUACAAUUAAAAAAACAGAAUUUGGUCCAGAAACAAAACCUGAAGAAGAAGUUGAAGAGGCUGUAACAGUUAAAAAACCAAUUCCAAUUAUAAAAGAAGAUCUUGUUGAAGAAACCGAAGAAACAGUUAAGCCACCUCCUUCUGAAGAAGAGGCGGACAUAGUUCUCAAGAAACCUAAAGAAAAACCGGCAGAGGAGGAACAAGAUGAAGUAACGGUAAAGAAAUUUGUACCUACUGAAGAGGAAGAACAAGAAACAGUGCUUAGUAUCAAAAAACCUGUUGAGGAAGAAGUUGUUGAAACAAUAAAACGAAAGAAACCCAAGAAAAAGGGAAAGGAAGAAGGUGAGGCCGAAAUAUCCAUUAAGAAGUUUGUUCCAACUCCUGAAGAGGAGGAAACUAUUCCAAAACCUACUCCGGAAGAAGAAGCUGAAGAAACUAUAAAGCAAAAGAUACCACUUAAGAAAACGGAGGAUGAAGGUGAAGCCGAAAUAUCGAUAAAGAAAUACGUUCCUACUCCAGAAGAGGAGUUACCUUUCCCAAAACCAGAGGAAGUGACUGAAGAAACGAUCAAACAAAAGAAACCGCCAAAGAAAUUAGAAGAUGAAGGUGACGCAGAAAUAUCGGUAAAGAAAAACGUUCCUACUCCAGAAGAGGAGGUAACUUUCCCAAAACCAGAGGAAGAGGCUGAAGAAACAAUCAAACGAAAGAAACCACCAAAGAAAGUAAAAGAUGAAGGAGAAGCGGAACUGUUAAUAAAGAAAUAUGUUCCGGAAGAAGAAGAAGAAGUCAGCGUUAAGCCUCCUGUAGAAGAGGUCGAUGAAACAAUCAAACAAAAGAAACCUCCGAAGAAGCCACAGGAUGAAGGUGAAGAUGAAGUAUCCAUCAAAAAAUAUGUUCCUGUACCAGACGAAGAGGAAGAAAUUCCUGAAGCGGUAAUUUUGAAGAAACCUGCAAAAACCGAAGAACAACCUGAGGUUGAAGCCGAGAUCAAACUUCCAAAGAAACACGAAGAGGUUCCCAGUGAAGAAGCCGCUGAUAUUAAGAUUAAGAAAAAGAAGGUCAUAAAACCACCCACGGAAGAACCGGCUGAAGAGCUUACAGUCCAACGUUUGAAACCCGUCAGGAGACCCUCUCAACCCGAAGAAGAAAUCAAAGAAGAAGAAAUCCCUUCGGUAACCUUUAGACCUCGACUUUCCAAAACCCAGGAGGACGUUGAACAAGAGUUCAAGAUUUCCCUGGAUUCCUAUGCCGAGGAGGAAAUUAGUUUAUCAUCUAAAAUUAAGUUGAGAAAACCGAAAAGACAGCCUACCUUUGGAGAGGAAGCUGCAGAAGAGUCUUUGAAGAUUAUCGAAGAGGUCGAGAGUGAAGGUCCUGCUAUAGAGGAAAUAAUUGACGAAGGAAGCGAUGCUGAAGAGCUUCCAUUGGAUGAUGACGAAGUAUCUGAGAGCUUCCACGUGGCAUUUAAGAGAAAACCUUCGAGAAAAUAUUCUGUGGUGCACGAGAAUGAAGAGGACGUAAGUCUUAGCUUGAAAAAGCCACUAAAGAAGGAGGACUAUGGAGAAGAAGCGGAAAUUGACUUUAAGAUUAAACCAAAGAGGCGUGAAUCAGUAUCUCUCUCAGAAGAGGUGUCUUUAAGUAUAACCAAAGAAAAAGAAAUAGAGAAAGUCGUUGUUAUCCAUGAGGAAGAAGUCCAAAAAGGCGAUGUGUACUACUCGGUUAUAUUCUACGAUGCCGAGGCUGAUCAGGCUUGUGAUCUUGUUGAAGGAGAAAAGGUUUAUGUGGUAGAAACUCAAGGAGAAUGGUGGUUUGUUAAGAAACAUCUUACCGAAGACAGUGGUUGGGUACCUGCAAAUAUACUUAUGGACGAACCACAAUACGUCCAGUUUGUACAGAAGAAACUUAAUGAGAAAAUUGACAAAUUACCCGUACUUGAAAAGCCAAAAUCACAAGAGAAACCACGAGCUCCAAAAUUCCUAGAAAAACUAAAACCAAUCACAACCCAAGAUGGUUUUUCCGUUACAUUUGAGUGCAAGGUCGAAGGUUAUCCAAGACCUCAAAUAACCUGGUUCCGCCAAACUCACAUUAUCAAGGAAUCUGUCGAUUUCCAAAUGUACUACACAGAAGAAAAUGUCGUUAGACUAGUGAUCAACGAAGUAUUUCCAGAAGACGCCGGUACUUUCACUUGCGUAGCGAAAAAUUCAGCUGGAUUCGCUUCGAGUACAGCUGAAUUGACAGUUGAAGGACCCCUGUCAUCCCACGGAUCGGAAAGAACUCAUUCUGUAUCCAGAAAGAGCCUUUCCAGAACAUCUUCCUUGGCCGACAUUAUUGAAGGUAUGCCUCCAGUGUUUGCUAAGAAACCCAAGACUCAGAGUGUACCUGAGAACACUGACGUUGAAAUAGAUGCAGUUUUGGCAGCUAUACCUGAACCCAUGAUAAAAUGGUACAGAAACGAAAAACGGGUGUCUACUAAGGAAAAUAUCACCUUAACUGAGACCUCGGAGAACUACAUGUACACUACUAAGAUCAAGAUAACGAAAAUCACUAAGAAACAAGAAGGAAAGUAUAGGAUUGUGGCUAAGAAUAGUGAAGGGCAGGCAAGUGUUGAGUUUACCCUGCGCGUUAGAACUUCAGAACAGGAACCACCAGAGAUAAUACAACCUCUCCAAUCAACCACAGUGAGAAAAGGCGAACCUAUCACUCUCACAACGACUAUUGUGGGUAAUCCUGAACCAGCUAUACAGUGGUUUAAAAACGGAAAACCCUUAGAUCAGUCGCCUAAGAGAAAUGGAGAUACUUACGUUGUCACAAUUGACACAGCUCAGCCUGACGAUACUGCAGAAUAUACGGUCAAAGCUAGAAAUCCGCUGGGAUCAGCUGAAACGUCAGCUACCAUUACCGUUCAAGAAUUCCCAGACAAUGCAGAACCACCACUCUUCGUAAAACGAUUCGAAGAACAAAACAUUCCUGAAAAGACUCCCUUGAUAUUAAGAGCUAAAGUAUCUGGAAACCCUGUACCAGAAAUUACUUGGUUACUCAACAACCAACCCUUAGAAUCAUCAGACAGAGUGAGAAUAUUGUACGACAGAGAAAAUAUCGAACUUACUAUCAAAGAAACCAAUUCUGAACUCGACUCAGGAGUUUAUAAAUGUAUCGCUACAAACUCUAUGGGAAGAGCUUCCCACGGAGCUUCAGUCAACGUUGAAGUCGAUACUGUUAAGUUCACUAAAAAACUACAGAAAACUUAUGAAACCUUUGAGAGGGAAACUAUUGAACUCGAAUGCGAAACUUCCCACUCUGUUAGAACGAAAUGGUGGUACAAUGAUACAGAGAUCAGCGGAAUGGACCAUCGCGUUGUUAUCCAUGAUGGCAGAACUCAUAAACUCAUCAUCAAAAACAUCUCUCAAAACGAUGAAGGCAACUACAAAUGUACUGUUAAAAAUCAAAAGACUGAAACAACGGUUAAAGUCCAACAACGCAAACUGGAAUUCGUUAAGAAACUUCAGGAUCUCGAAGUGACAGAAAAAGAUGUCGCUAUCCUGGAAGUGGAAAUAACGUCAGACACUGCCGAUGUCGUCUGGCUUAAGGACGGAGUUCCUCUUAACGAGACUGAUGACAAAUUUGAGACUGAAAAAACGAGAGGAAUCAGGAAACUUCUUAUUAGAUCCACCUCGAUUCAUGAUGAGGGUGAGUAUUCUUGUAAACUCAUCGACGAAGAGUGUAAAGCGGAUAUUUCUGUCAUUGAGCUUCCGCCAGAGAUCAUCAGACCUCUUCAAGACAAGACCGUAACCAAAGGCGAGAAGGCUGUCUUCGAAGUAGAACUAUCCAAAGGCGAUGCUCUUGCAAAAUGGUAUAAGAACGGUAAAGAAAUCCAAUUUUCUGAACACAUUCAAUUAUCAAUCGACGGAAAGACUCAGAAACUGAAGAUAUACAAGUGCGAGCCUGAUGAUGAAGGAUCCUACACUUGCAAGGUUGGUGAGCAAACUUCCAGCGCCACUCUCACCGUAAACGUACCUUCAUGUUCCUGGAUCAAACCUUUACCAGAAGAAACAGUCGUUCCAAUCAAAACAGAUGCAGAAUUCGAGGUUGAGCUCUCCAGAGAAGACGUUGAAGUAACUUGGUUCAGGAAAGGAACCAAGAUCGAAGAAGGUUCAAAAUACAUUAUCACUAAAAACAAAACCUUUAGGAAACUGGUUGUGCAUAAAGUCACUAUGAAAGACCAGUACGAUUAUAGUUGCGUUGUUGAAAAGUAUGACCUGAAAACUUCAUCUAGGCUUAAGGUGGGUGACAGACCUAGUCCACCAAGAGGUCCUCUGGGAGUGUCUGGAAUGACUGACCAAUCGUUUACUAUCCAAUGGCAGCCUCCAGAAGAUGAAGGAAAUUCGCCUAUCCUCGAGUAUAUCGUUGAAAUGAAAGAGGCGAAAUCUAAGAAGGAGUUUAAGAAGAUAGGAUCAACCAAGGGUCAUAUCACUGAUAUAGCAGUGAGUGAACUGAAGAAAGGAAAAGAAUAUUUGUUCAGAAUUUACGCGAAAAAUGCCAUAGGGACAAGUGAUCCUUACUGUCCGGAAGAAGGUAUUAUUGCUGGAUCCAGAAUUAGAAUCGAAUAUCACUUUGCUAAAACUGAUGAAACCAUGUAUUGCUUGCUUGGCAUAUUCCCGCCUGCUCAAGCUGUGCACAGAACACCACCUUCACCUCCAAUAAACGUCAAGAUAAAGGACCUGACUAGCCGAAGCGCAACAAUGACUUGGGAACCUCCAGAGUACGAUGGUGGCAGUGAAAUCACUGGGUACAUCGUAGAAAAGAAACUAGAGUACAUGCCAAAAUGGGAGAAAGUCUACACCCUCGAACCGUUUACCUUAGAAUACACAUUCGAAAACUUGAAAGAAAAGAGCGACUAUGUUUUCAGAGUGUUUGCAGAAAACGCGAUAGGAUUGAGUGCUCCGGCUCAUUCUGAGUUGGUACAAAUGAGAACACUAGCAACUGUACCAUCACCACCUACAGCUCCAUUAGAAAUAAGGACAAUUGGACCAAAUGCAAUAGUUGUAGAAUGGGGAAUCCCAGAAUGGGAUGGAGGAUCUCCGUUACUGGGAUAUAAUAUUGCAAUCAGGGAUACCAAGAAGACGAUGUGGAUGGAAAUUGGAAAAACUCCAAAAGGUGUCCAGAAGUUCACAAUAAGAGACCUACAAGAAGAUCACGAAUACUUGAUCAGAAUAUUUGCACGAAAUGAAAUUGGUUUAAGUGGACCACUAGAGUCGGAUGAACCAUUCAAAGUUCUUCCUUCAGGAGAUGCUGACCAAGACGACUUCAGAGAAGUUACUUCCGAACGAGAACCGACAUCAAGAAGUUCAGAAACGACAACGUCUUGGCUCAGAGAGAACAGUAUGGACGCGGACAUUAGUUCGUAUGCCAAAGGAAAACUACUCAGAAAGGACGAAUACUUCUUCAGAAUUUGGUGUUACGCCACCAAAUUAUUCAAAUAAAACCAGUGUUUUGAGAUAAAAACACAUAAUAAAUCAUUCGAAUGAAUUUUGAAUGAUUUAUAUCUACCUAAUCCAAACAUUUUUAAAGCCUGAUAGAUGUAUAUAAUUUUUUUCGUAUUUGUAUUAUUCUUUAUUAAUGUAAGACUUUUAAAAAAAUAUUUAUUAAUGUAAAACCAUUUCCCUUUGUAUUUAUUAUAUUACGAUAGAUUUUAAGAAAAAAUAUCCCUAAACUGACAUAUUUAUAAAAUAAUUAGACAAUAUUUUUGACUAGAAAAAGUGAAAGUUUCACAUUCACGCAGAUCACACAAAAAAAUAGCUCAAACCAAGGCCUGUACGUUAAAAAUAUGCUAAACAGAAAGAAAAAUGCGAGUUGUGAGCGAACAAAAGAAAUUUAAAAAAAGCAUAAUAUUAACGUGCAGUUUCCUUGAGAGACAUCUGUGAUACUGAAAUAUUUUGAAAAAAGAAAUGAUGUGCCUCAUUAAAUGUGCCUCAUAAUGAACAAUUAAUAAUUUUGAUUGUUGAUGAACUUAUACGAGAAACUAAACGACUAUAAUACAUUAUUAUAUUAUAUCAUUUUUUGUCACAAAUUUAAAUAAUACUGUUAUAUUUGAGAUUAUUAUUUUUUAAUUUUUAUUUAAUUCGACUUUGAGACUUUUACUCAAGAGAACAUAAGUUUUUUGAUUUGUUUUGGUUAUGUUGUACAAGAGAGACAAAAUAUAGGUGCAUAAAAGUCGAUGUGUAUACUAAUUAGAACAAAUUAAAUGGUUAUGUUUGGUUAUAAAUAAAAUGUUAUUUCAGUUAUUAAAAAA